ACACAAGCCGGUACUUCAACCUCCUAGCGGGAAGCGGCUCUCGGGGACCAACCACAGGCUGCAGGAAUCAAUGGUAAACAACUCUUUUGCAUUAUAUUUACCCAUUUAAAGUCAUAUUUUACAACCUGUUUCAUGAAAUACUCCUUACGUAACCUCCCGAAGAUAAUUCAGAGUGUUUCGUUAUGUGAUAUUGUGUGAAGAGUUAGCAAUAAUAAAGCUAAGUCUGGUUAGCAGGGCAGGUACAGCUGUUUCUGACAGCUGUCUGUCAGCUCACGUUGUUUACCUUUUCAUAAAUAGACCGUAACAACUAUUUGCAGUAUUUAUGACUCAGUCUCUGUGAUGGUUACAGAUACAGCACCUUGAACAGGGAAGAUGAGACUAAACCGAGCUGAAUAUAAAGGGAUAGCGAAAUGGACAGAGCAGCUGAGACCCACCCGUCAGUGUAUGAAGAUGCUGAAGGACAGAUUCCCAAAGUAAGUGCCUGCACGCUCCAGACUUGUAUCAUUUACUCACCAAUGUGGAAAUGUAUUGUGUGAAGCAACAGAGGACUGUGGGUGUGUGUGUUUUCGCUAGACAGAAGGUGAAAACGCAACUACUUAUGUGUAUGAGUGUAUUUUACUGUUUUCUGCACUGUUAAUCAUUGUCUACAGCCCCAAAUGCACAGCAAAAACGCGUGUUUACAAUGCACAUAUACAGGCAAGUUGAGAAAAUUUUAUCUGUCAUUUUCCCCUCACAGCUGCACCAUUUAUCCCAUUUGUAUGGUAGCCGAGAGCUGCCACUGCUGCAAAUACAAAAGCAUGCAAAAAAAAAAGAAGUCACAGUGGAAGUCACUGAUGCAAAAAAAUAAAAAUAAAACAUAAACCGAAGCCCGCUGCAAAUAAAAAAGAGAUGGUGCAGAUUAAAAAAAAAAAAAAAAAAGCCACAGCGGAAAUUAAUGACAAAAAAACAAGUGGCGACAAUUCUAAAGUGGUGAUGAAAAAAAAAAAAACUUACUGCAAAAAUAUAAGGAUGCAAAUAAAAAAAGCCACAACAGAAGUGAGCUGCCGGGGACCAAUAAUGAUGAUGCACCGGUGUUUUACGAUCCAGGCACAGAAGACGACGGCGAGAAGACAAGCAAAGAAUUGGAAAAGGUUAUUGUUUGACAUUACUUUGCGUGCUUUUCAAUGUGUCAUGUGGUAAGGCCAUGUAGCUCCUGAGCCGUUAUGAAGUUAAACCAAAGCUAACACUACACCGACAUCCUCCAGUUCAACUCCAUAUUGACUCAGGUGCAACACGGCCUAACCAAAUGACACAUUGAAAAGUUUACGAAGCUAAAUUAAACAAUAACCUUUCCACUUACUUCUUUGCUCGUCUUCUCGCCGUCGUCUUCUGUGCCUGGAUCGUAAAACACCGGUGCAUCAUCAUUAUAGGUCCCCGGCAGCUCACUUCUGUUGUGGCUUUUUUUAUUUGCAUCCUUUUAUUUUCACAGUAAGUAAUUUUUUUUUUUUACAACGCCACUUUUUUGUGUCAUUAACUUCCAUUUUUUUUAUCUGCACCAUUUCUUUUUGUAUUUGCAGUGGGCUUUGGUUUCUUUUUUGGCAUCAUUAACUUCAGUUGUGACUUUUUUUUUUUUUUUUUUUUUUGCAUUCUUUUUUUAUUUGUAGCAGUGGCGGUUCUCGACCACCGUACAUUUGCACCUUUUAAUCUUACAUUAUUUAUUAUUCCAAACCAAAUGAUUCACAUUCUUCAAUCACUUAUUAGUUCCACACAAGGUUUCUACCAUUGCACAGCAUUAGCCAAUGUUUUUCCAUGCAGCGCCUGAACAUCCAGAAAUCGAAGAGAGAGGUUAAUGGUUGUGUUUGCCUUUCUCCUUGACACUGAGGGCCCUCACUUUAUUGAACCUAACAUGUGUAAUCCCCCAAGGCCACCAGGACACCAUGGCUGAUCCCAUCGAGGUCACUUACAAAGUCGAAUGUAUUUGGAGCUUCCUACUUCCAUUGUGCCCUAAUCACCAAUCUAGAAGUAGGUAUCAGGUCCCCGAAGGAAACACAGCAGAGCUUGGGCUUACCUUCAUUCUCCCUGUCAGCAUUCUACAGGAUAUAUCAUUACAUAUAAAGUUCACCCAAUAUUCUGUAUGUUUAGGCACCAAUCCUCGGAGGUCUUUCUUAUGUUUAUUUUGUGUUUUCGUUCAUCUUUUUGGUUUCUUAAUCCAAACUAUCUUCAGGAAGCAGCCUAAAUGCUGGCUUUUCAAAAAGUUGUACUUUGGGGUGCAAUAAUUAAAGGUAAACGUUUGAGGUUUUUUAUUCAUAUAAUUCUGCAUGAUCUCUUUCUCCCAGGGGUGCUGGCUCCUUUGUUUAGUCUCGCUGGUUAUUGUUAUUAUUUCGUUCACCAUAACCAAUCUUGGGGAGGCCCUUGCUCUUUAAAAUCCCUGAGUCUCAUCACUGGGCCUGACAGACAGGCACGGCAGCAGUGUUUUCACAGCCUGCGAAAUUAUUCUGGUUGUCCAAUCAGCUGAGCUGGGCUCUGGAGGGUUAGUGAUUGGACUGGCAGGAAAUCAGGCUCUUAAGACAUAACAUAUCGACUAGGCCAUCCAUCAUCUCUUAGCAUGCGCUCAAGCACGGCAGUCAGCCACCCCCCCUCUGCUCCACACCCCUCCUGUCCCCUCGGACUGUGUGGGAGCCCUGCCACUGCGUAAAUAUUGGCCAGGCUGGGGCUGGCAGGCGGGGGUGGGAGGGGGACUAGGGGUUUGUUGUGGACAAGCUUUCACUGAGGGGGUGGGCAAAAGACUGGCUGUGUUAUAAUAGAGAGGAGGGACAGAAACGAAAGACAGGUAUCUGGAUUUGAAAUCAUCUUAUAUCACACAAGAGAUUUCCAAGAAAAGUAGACUGAGCUCAUUUCUGUGUUGUUUCUCAAUUCAACAUGUGAUAUUCCUAUGAAGUGGACACAUCUGUGUCAUUUAAGGUGAAAAUUUUACAUUUUAUAAAAUAGGUUAUCUUAUCUUUAUGCUCAAUCUUAUGGACAAGCAUUAACCUGACAGGUAUAUAACCAUAUUUUCGGGGAUGCAUGCAGAUAUUUUGUCGCAGUAAGUGUUAGAUCAUAAUUGGUGAAUCUGUUAUUUACAUUGUGUGAAAUCAUAUUGUUACGAUAACAUGCAACAUUUUAUUCAAAACAGCUGUUAUGCAAGAUUUUGCAGACUAGAUGUAAGUUCCUUAUGAAAUGAAAGUUAUGAGUUUGGGAAUAAAAGAAAUGUAACAUAAUACAAACUCUGUAUUGUAGUGUGCUGGGGCGUCUUUUGCCGUAAAUUUACAUGUUAAAAUCAUUUUAAUUAUCUUAUAUACAGUCUUAAAUGAUAAAACAUGCACUAAAGUCAGGCAAAUGUCAAACAAAUUUCUCAUUUUUCUUCUUUUCUUUUUUACAAAUAAACAUAUUUGCUGUUUAGAUGAGUACAACAUGGCAAAGCCAUUAUCCCCAGAUCUCUGAAUGCUUCAUUUACUUCUGGUCUCAUUUAAAAUCAUUGCUUUGAUUAUGGACUUGAAGGGAGGAAAAUUUAAACUUGGGACAAAAAGAUUGUUAUAGGCCAUUUCAAGGUAAUUUCCACGGAGGGUCUGUCAGUCUCUCUGUUGUCGUAUGAGUAGUGGGAGGAGAGGGGGAGUGUCCCAUAGACAGACAGAAAGAGAGCGAUUGCGAUGUGGAGUCCCUCAUCUGUAACGGCUGCAUAACACAGAUGUUGGGAGUCAUCUGUCAGCCUGGCCCUCUCUCGCCGGGCCCGAGCUGCUCUGGGGGGAAAAGAAUUGGACACGGUGCUGUCACUUUUUACCCCCACUCACAAUGGAGGGACAUGCAAAUAUCAACCCCCAUUCUUGCCCUCUCUUCCUUGCCCUCCUCUUAGCCAGCCGUUCUGUCCUGCUUCCUAUCUGGACCGCGGCAAGGCUGGGCGGCCAGGGGGGGUUGAGAGGGCUCAUCGCAGGCCGGUGCUGGGGGGAAAUGUGACAUCAGUCCCAUCACGUCCUUCUCUUGCCAUGUAUUAGAAUUGGAAAUGAUGGGCUGCUCUCUGAGGCCUUGCCUGGCUUCCCCUGGGUUUAGAGGGGACCCCAGUCCUUCCACCCUUUGUCCCCUGAGAGAGUAUGUGUUAGAGGGGCGAGAAAAAGAGGGAGGGAAAGUGAGAGUCCUCUGUGUCCUUCUGUGCUGUAUUAUGAAUGAAUUUGGAUGUAAUGAUUACCCCCCCUCUCUCUUUAAAAUGUCAUUCAGCUCACUCACAGUCUUGAAAGUGGGAGGGUGUGCAGAAAGGGGCAGAUGCCUCUGUUUUAAAAACGCUCAAAAAGUAAAGUGUGAAGCAUCCCUCCCCUCUAGACGCACACUUUACAAACACACAUUCACACAUGUACACACACAUAUGCGCUGAGCUCCCUGGUGAGGGACCCUGAACGUUUUUCGAAUCGGGCCCUAAUGUGCCGUUUUCAUCAGCACUGAGGCGGGCUGCAAUAUGGUGCCGGGGCUCGCUCUGGGAAUAUGAAUGUUGAUUAAGCAUGCGUUCAGCCCUUUGAAAUUCUGAAGAAGUGUCAGAAUAAUGGAUGUUGAGCAAAUGUCAAGCAUUUGUUAAUUUCUCUGUUAUUUGGGGUUUAUCCAGCAUGAUCUUUGGAGGGAACGCGAGGGACAGGGUUGUUGUGGCAUGUGCCAUUGAUAUGGUGAUUUCUUGGCUGCAGACACUUUGUCUUAAAUGGUAAUAGAUCUCAGCUCAGGAUGACGCUCAGUAUCUGCUCAUUGAUUAUUUAUCAUGGGUGAAGUGUUUAUUUUUUUUACUCACUGGUUAAAUCUGAGGAUUUAGUUAUGGGCGUGUGUGUUGUUAAGCUGCAAUCUCAGUGUUAUUUUAUGAGUAGAGCUUAGCAAUCGAUCAAUAAGCUGUCAACCAUUAGAUAAUUGCUUAACAUUUUGAUGACUAAAUAAUUGUUUUAAAUACAUUUCUUUUAGAAAAACAGAACAAUUCUUUGUAUCCAGCCUUUUAAACUUCCUUUUUAUUCGUUUCUUUACUCUUCAGUGAUCGCCAACUGAAUAUCUUAAGUUUUGGACAAAAUCAGCCACCUCUAGACAUCAUCACCGGCUUUCUUAACCACCAGUUAGAUUUUAUAGUCAAGACCAAACAUGAUGAGAAAGUUUUAAAACUGUCUCAGUUAAUUGAGCUAAUUACAGCAGAGUUUUGGAUAUUGAUUUUUAUCACCAUUACACCCAAGUACAACCAGAGAUUUCUGAGGCACUCUGACCAGAAAACUUGGAAACUGGUUUAUUCCUGUGACAGAAAACUCUUUUUUUUAUCUCAAACCUUUUAUCAAAUGAUUUUUAUUGCUAAACUUAAAAAAUCCUUUUUAUUUUAAAUUAAUUUAACCUUUAGUACAGAUUAGCCUUUGUAAGGUUUUAUAAGGUAAAUGCUCCUUUUUUAUUCUGUUUGAUCUGAUAUGAUCUCUGAACAACACUAUCACACCUAAAAUUUUCCUCUUUAUCACUGAUUUCGAUGAUACUGUGUUUGCUAAAUGAGAUGUUAUCAAAAAUCCAACAUUUUGUGCAUCCCUGUGUUUUAUUUAUGGGACAUCAAAUAAAUUUCUCCGAUGUUUGUCCAGUAAAGGUAGAAUUUCAGCGCUUUAUUACAUAUCCUGGAAGUGGUGACGACAUCACCUAGAUACUGAUCUACUACAGAGCCUGCCCUUGCUGCACUUCCUUGUACUUCUGGCUGCCCUGUGUUGAACAAAACACAAACUGGCAGUUAGGGCUUUGGGGUACAGCUCUUGAAGGCUGCAAGGCUGGCAAACUAAUUCCACAGCUUUAUGUGGUUAGAUGAGCAUUGGAAGGGUGAAGGAGUGAAUGAAGUGAAAGCAGAGAGGGGAGACGGAGGAAGAAGAGAAGCCGUGCUGACUUUACAACUUUAUGUCAGGCUAAGGAGUUCAUGAAUAAUAGAUGCAAUCAAUUACUUGAUUAGGAAGCACGGGAAUGACUACUUCCUCUUCAUAUCUUAGGGAUGUUGUCCAAGCACACUCGAUAGAUUGUAAAGCCUUUUCGGCUCAUUGGGCUAAAAACACUGAGGUAAGCAGCCUGUUGCUCAAGUGAGUGAGAGUGAUUGUUAGGGACACUUUCUUGAACGGGAAAUGGAUAAUAUGCUGUCAUUAAUACAGAAAAAAUCAUUGACAUAAGAAUAUUAUGUACAACUUUUGGGUAAGAUGUUUAGCAGAUGCAUCAGCGCUGUCCUUCCACAACAGAGAAAGCACAGAGCACCACAGUUCAGUGGGGCAGCAAUGGCAGAGUCCUUUGCCCCAGGAUCUCUCUGCAUACUGGGAUCAAUUGCAAAAGAAGAAUGAAACAAAUUGCCCAGAAUGGUACAAGUUCCCCAGCCAUGCUUAGGGGGGGGAGAAGGCAAUUGGUCAGCGUAAUGUGUUUUUUUUUUUUUUUUUUUUGCCAGACCAGUGGCCGCUUGCCACUUGACAGAUAGCACAGACCUCAUUUUCAAUUUCCAUUGGAGUUUGUGGAAGCAGCAGUGACAAUAAUUACACUAUAACAAUGGCACCGCACCAUAAUAGUUCUAACAUGUUUUGUCACACACAGAGUCAUGAAGAUUCAAAGCUUUCAGGAGGAAUCACAAUUAGGGGGCUGAUGGGCGGGAUCUCUCCUGUGCUUUUUGCCACUGUUAUAUAACAGUUCUGACAUCUCAGGGCACCUCAGCAGACAGAAAUUUAAAAGAUAGUAAUAAAGUGAAGGGGACUUUGCAGGGGUCAUAUUUUUUGUCUAUUAGGACAGCAGUAGGCAGUGAGAUGCCCUGUUGUGCUUCUGCUAAAGCCAUUUCUUGUGCACGGUCUCCCGCAGGCUUGUAGGAUUGUAUGGCCUUCCACAGAGAGAUGGGGGGGUCGGGGGGGCUGCUGGCUAUCAGUAAAUGUAGUGGAAUGUAGUCUGAGUCAGGCUUUUGGUGAUUCAUGCAUUCAUUUUGUUAAUGGGGGAAAAACCGCUUAAGAAAGUAGCAAAUAUGCAAAUGCAUAAGAUAAUGAGACAAAGUCAAAGUAAUCCCAGUGAAAAAAAACAUCUCUGAAUUUAUACUUAUUUUCAGUGAUUGCAAUAAGAGGACGGCUAGACAAGAAGAAAGACAGUUGUUCUGCAAAAAACAAAAAAAAAAACUAAUUUACCCCCCAAACACGUGAGCUCACUGCGCAAGUAUUUGUUCAAAGCUGUGUGUUGCACACUGAGAUUUGUGUUUGUUUCUAUUUGCUUGUCAAAAUAUAUCACAUUUAUACAUUAACGCGUAAAGAUUUUUUUUUGUACACAUUUGUUUUGCUGCUGAUGAUGGUACGCUUAGCUGAGAAACAGAUGUUAGCAUUUUGCCUAUCAGCAUGUGUAAUUAGCAGCAUUUGCAUAUCCAGAGUGUUCAUUCAGCUGUUUUUCACUUUAUAAAAUAUUGAUCCAUAGGAAAGUAGAAGCUCAAUAUAUUAUUGUCAGCAGUUAUCCUCUUGCUUUAAUGAAAGCAUUAGAUGAGAUAUACAUCCUUUAUUCCAAUGUAGCUAAGAAAAAAAGUGAUAAUUAUAAUAGCGAAAGAGCUGUGCAUAAAAAUUACACAAGGUAUUACAGCUAUGAAAUAUUUCCAGACACUUUGUGGGAGUGAAUCGUUCGAUUCAUGUCAUUCUCAUUUGAAAAAAGCUCUAUAUCCAUUAGUAAAAAUAUGUGCUAUGCCUCAAUUAGCCAGAUCCAUGCCCUGAAGAGUCGCACUAUGCAACACUCCCUGCAUGCAGAUCCACCAAAUGCUAAGUACUGUCGCAGCAUAUGAUACCAAUGCCAUUAGCCAGGUGGCUUUCAUUACCUAAAUUACAGCUAUUGUUUAUAAUUAAUUAUUUGUAAAUAAGAAGAUUCUGAAUUUAAUUGAUAGCUUGAAUUUCCCCCAUCUCCUAUUAAUUAGGUUGAUGGGAUUUUCUCUGCUUUUUGCUGCGGUUCUCCCCCUGUAAGCCAAAGACACUGAUACACUCUGAAUGCACUAGAAGAUAAGGCAAUUCAACACCCAGACGUGGAUUCGUCAGAUUCAUAACCAGCGGAGAGCCUGACUUAAUAGAGCCUAAAGCUCUGACCAGACAAGCAUACCAGCUCAGUGACAAAGCGAAAGUCCCUAAUUGUUUUUAAUUUAAUCUGCUGCUCUACUAUUUUGGGUGCCAGUGCAUAUUAAUGCUCUGUCUUAUGUUGUAAGGAAGGGUAAUUAGGUUGAGAGUGAAUGAUUCCCUAACCACUCUUCUGUCUCCCAACCUUCUGUUUCCCCAUGUUUCUAAAUUAUUUCCAAGAAGGAAAGAUUUUAUUUCUUCUUUUCUCAUAAAGGUCAACGUAAGGAUGCCCCAAUGAGUCCUAGACUAUUAGUAUUUUAAAAAUAUAUUCACAGUUUUCUCUGAUACAUUUCAGUAAUUGUGUUUUAAUUUGAAACCAAACUGACAAAUCUCCCUGCUGUUUUUAAAAUGAAAUUAAGUGAGCUAAGUAAGUGAGACAUUAAUUAUUGAACUUGAUUGUUUGUAAGGGCGCUCAAAGAUGCAUUGAAGCAAUAAGCUUUCUUUCUUUGAACACAGUCCAAGCGCUCUUCAACACAGAGGAGUUUCCAAUAUUUGUUCAAAUACAAUCUAAACCGAGAGAAAAAGGAAAUAGCUGCAGAAUAUUUCUGUAUGUUUAGUCUCUUAAUAACCUCUGAAAUAGGACUGAGUACAUAGGACCCUCAAAUGCUGGUAUUAUGAUGCAUGAGACGGAUGUAUUCCAGUAAAUGUAUUGCUACUGUGUAGGAGGCAGAUGUGAUCUCCAUUGUAAGACUGCACUUGGCUCCAUAUAUUAGCAUAAAGUGAGCGCAGAGUGCCCAGGAGAGCACAGGUUGGAUAUACAUUAAUGUAAACCCUGCAAUAACUUACUAUUAAUGUCUGUUAAAUGGGACAAAAGGUAUUAUACUAUAUGAGAGAGCAGUGUAAAACUUGACAUACUCUAUAAAAUGUGGACAACUCUUUGUUUCAAUCCAGGUAUUGUCUCAUUUAUUUCUUUACUUUUGCUUAUAGCUUAAUUUAUCCUUUCAAAUGUUGACGUUUUUGGGGAAUGUUUUUCACGUUAUUUUUCGACAAUUUCUAAGUUUCUUUCCAGGUUUGAUGUGUGCAAAAACAGACUAUGGUAUAAAAGAAAAACAAAAUUCCCCAAAGUUUUUAAUGUUUUUGAAACUGAUAUGUUGUCUUAGAUAUUAAGAGCAGUUUAUGUCCCUUUAAAGUUAACAGGGUAUAGAUUAAGCAAUUAGGCAGUAAUCAUGCUCAUUACAGAGAGUAAUCCAUUUAAAACCUAACAGAUGUCUGUUCCUACAGGGGGAUCGUGAUGGUCCCAUGCCAACAAUAAGGCUGUAAUGUUGAAAUGUUCAGGUGCAAGGUUGAAGUGUAGAGGAAUUUUUUUUCCCCUCCCUUAAGUGUCCACAUGUUGACAGUUGACCAUUUAAUGGCCCACUUAAUUGCAGUGGCCCCUUUAUCCCCAAGCAUCGUUGUAAAUUAAUGCUGAGGUGGCAGUGUUUUUUCUUCUUUUUUCAGACUUUCUCCUCUUUUUUUCUUCACUCAAACAUUUAUUCCUUCACUCUUGUAACUUUGCGGUGAAACAGACUCCUCUGUGCGAUGGUUCUUCUAUCCCUGGAGAGUUGAGGAUGUUCAGAAAGGACUACAGUAAAAUGGUUUGAAAGUGGCAACCCCUCCAGUGGUUGAAUUCUUUUCAUUAAAAUAUGGUCACACACUCUGGACAAACAUCAAUGUUUGAGAUUCCUUUGGUUUUGUUUACAUGUCUCAAAGUUAUUUCAUGAUUCAAAGUGAUUUAUGUCCAAGGCCUGUGUGGACUUCAUAUUUCUGUAUUUUUGUACCAAUCUCAGGUGACUAGUGAAGAGUAGCCCAUUAAAUCUACAAAUCAAAUGCAGUGAGAGCAGCGUACAUUGACGGAAAAACCGCUGGAGACCGGCACAGAGCGGUUUCAGUUGGGAUCUCCAUCGGUGCAAGGUUGUGUUGCGUAUGUGGUUUUUCUUUCUUGAUAUGCAGCGUGGAGAUACGUACGAUCCAAUUAGAAUAAAAUCUGUCAUUGCUUUAAAUAUCAACGCCAAGGAUGCUGUGGGGGUUGGGAAGAUGUAUUGAAGGGGGCCUGGGAGCCCCCCUUGGAGCUGCCUGUUUUCCAGGUUUGCUCUCUGCCAGGUGUUUGACAUUGAAUAGAGCUGGAGAUGAAUGUAACUUAUGGCAGCCCAUGGAAUCCACUGACUCCUGGGAGUCCAAGCUUCCUACAGUGAAAGUUUCCAUUUUCAAAGCCCAUCAGUUGCAGUGGGAGAGCUCCAGGACGGCCCAUAUGCCAGCACUGACAGUGAAGCAGGAGAAGUUUCUCCCAUCCGUGUGCGUAACUCACACAAACAGACAUACACUGGCAGUGGUCAAACGCUUAAAAAAAAAGAAAAGAAAUACUAAACCAGGGAGUGUAUUUCCAGUGAGUGCAGUGCUUUGUCUUUACUCUUAUCAAUUAUUUGCAUGAAUUUCCUGACUUUCUGUCCAGUUUUUGAUGUUUAUUUUGGCUUUAUGAGUGAAUGCCUAUGAAGUCAUUAUAUCAAUGACUUCAUAGGCAUUCAAUUAAAGGGAAAAAAACUCUUGGCAGACUCACUUCAGAGAAAAGAGGAUAGAAGAAGAUGGUUUGUAUGCAUGAGUGAUUGAACAAAAAAAAAAAAAAACAAGCUGUAUAUUUCCCAUCUUUCAUACCACACGCAUCCUCCUUUCUCCCACCCCCACGCCAUCGUGGAAGGAAUCCUUUGUCAGAGGUGUUCAUCUGGAACAACUUUGCCACACUUGUUUUCAUGUUCUUUUAGAUUACAGGGCAGCUGGCCCCAGCUUUGAAGCUCCCCCUCUCCCUUUGUCUCUGUGCAAUGCACUCUGGUAAUUAACUUUGUCCUUCUUUUAUUUGUUCCAGUCACUCGCAGUCCACUCUUCUGAGCAUCUUCUCCCUGGAGUACCAGGUUAGAAGUUUUCUUCCUUUGUGAGCCCUGACAGGUGCCUAAUUGAAUGAUGAAUGUCCCUUUAUUUCUUUGUAAUUGAACUGCCAGCUCUCUGAUUGGUUUGGAGGAUGGCCCCCCCCACCACCACCCCCUCCCCCCUUUAUUUCACCCGCCCUCUUCCUCCUCACGUUCACGUUUAGGGUCCUUGCCUGCCUGAGCCUCGGUGGAUGUCUGCCAAGCCUUCCCAUCCAUCUGUCUAAUAACAUCUAGCCCCUGCUUAUUUGGUGGACCUGUAAUAAAUUAUGCUAAACCAUUAUUAUUCUGACAAUAAUAAUUUCCCCGUGUAGUGCGGCUGCGUGUGCUAAAUGUUUGCUGACUCGCACUGUCACUGCUGCUUUCCACGGCUGACAGCGGAUGAUGAUAAAUGGCCGCUGCCGCCAGUGGCAGAAGGCAGCACAGGCAGAAAAUGGAGUCAUUUAUCAUCCCCCUGACAGGUGUCAGUCACACUGCCUGUCUCAGUGGAAUUACAUUUUUUUUUCUCUGUGUAGUAGUUUUUAAAUAAGUUGUUUUUUAACCAGUGCUCUUACUUUUUUAUCGCCUAUCUUCCACCUUUUGGCAGAGAUGGCAAUUGAAUUGCAUGGAAAUGUCAGGGAAGUGGGAUGAGGAAUAGGGUCAUUGUUUGAUCGAAAAAGGGGAAAUGAAUACAAGGUUUGAAUGUGGGGGGUUGGCGGUUUAAACAAGGUUGUCUUGGCACACUUUGACCCCAAGGAAACUUAUUAAAAUUGAAUUACUGCAAAGCAAGAUCCAUUUCUCUUGUUGAUAUACAGCAGAGAAAACAAGGCUGGUUUAAUGUAAAGCAACUUGUAUUUUAGUGAAAUGAAUUACCUUCAUUUUUAUUUCUUCUACAGAGGUAGUGUGAAAGGCUGAUUGUUGUCAUGACAUUUGUGUUUUUGUGGCAGAAAAGAACCAAAAGAACGAUCUCCAGACACCAUGCACCCGAUGUUAUUGAAAGCCACUACCAGAGGUGCUGUAUCACUCUAUUUCUCUUUAUAUCGUCCUCUCAUCUCUGUCCUUGUUGUUUCUUAUUUGUUUUGAUCCUGUCCCCUGCUCCGUACCGUCUUUGUCUCUCCUCCUUUUUGCCAAAGUCCCGUCCUCGGUCAGAGAGUAGGUGGGCCACCAUGACAGAUAUAAUCUCCUCCAAACAAAUCACCACCCUCAGGAUUCAUUCCAGACCUCCACUUGCACCUGCUAAGCUAAAGCUCUGCUCUCCAUGUCAAAUUGAAAGCAGAAAAAUAUAUAAAUAACCAGCCAUUGGACAUUUGCCUUACACAGGCUUAUGAUGGGAUGAUUAUCUUUCAAUUCAAUAAAAAGGAUAAAUGGAAAAAAAGCGAAAAACAGACUGUAAGGGGGAAAGCCUGUUUGCAUAUUGCAAUUAGCCUCUAUCUAGCUUAUUAGGCCAUUGUUCUGGGGAAAACAAAGCCGGAUAAUGCACUUCUAAUCCACUUACAACAACAAACCUCAGAGAUGAUCUGGGGAAGAUCUGUGGGGAGCUGCAGUUUUAGCUGGCGAGGGAAAAAAGGCUUUUUGGGCGGCAGGGGUUAACUAACUAUCAUAUGCUUGUCUGGCUUCAAGGAAAUUUGAAGCCCUUCAAGCAGAGCUGCUUUAACCACACCAAGCCUGCCAUAUGCCACCGAGGGCAAAGUCAUCAGGGACAUUAGCAUGUCUUGGCUGGCCUGGUCUAGUCCCCUCUACCCUUCUGUCUGCUUUUGUGGGUCAUGUUUUUCUUUUUUUUCAACUGCUGCUGUUGUUCUUUGUUCUAAUAAAGGUAUCUGAGUGAGGCCAAGGCGCAUCCUACUGCUCCUGUCCUGCUGGAGCUGGCUAUUGAGGUAAUGACAUAAUGUUUAGUUUUUUUCCCUUCUCUCUUUUCUUGUGUGUACAAAAAAUAAAUAAAAUAAACUGUUGAACUGAUGGUCCUUUUUUUUCCAUAAACGCAUAAGCCGAACUUUUGCUGCAGGUUUAGCUUAUCUCUCUUGUCUGUUAGUCAUUAUCAAAAUUGGUAAAAUGGUCUCCUUCACUAUCAAUUAUUGAAUGUAAUUAACUCUCACCUCUAUUAAGCAGAUGUGAAAAUACUUUUUUGUGUUUUAUUAUGUAAUUUUCCUAAUUGCACUUCAAGCGGAGUCGCAGUAAACUGCGUACAGGUGAGGGCAGGGUCAGUGGUUCAUUCUCCUUUUCAUCACCUCCUCACAGUUUACCUCAGGAGGUCAAUGCAACAUUAGGACUUAGUGGUAUCAUUGCAGGAGGGGUUAGUCCUGCUCAGAAAUAAAAGGAUGCAAGAUGGUAGAUGCUUUUUUAUUGACUAUGUUUCAAUAUUUUAAAAUAGUGAUUGGUGGCUCUAAUGUUAUGGUCUUAGUCAAUUUCUUUUAUGUUACUAGAAAUUGACCAGAAGCUCUGCCUUGGCGGCCAGAAUACUGCAAGUGCCACUAAUAAAUCUGACUAAUUCAACAUUUUGUAUAUUUCAUUUCUUUAUUUUUUUCUUUAAAUGCAUUGUCAGUUUUGGAGUCACCCCCUUUCAUUGCAAGAAUCUGCCGUGUAACCUUUUAGAUUAUUUAAAUGCAUUUUUAACAUUCUUAUUGGUACUCAAAUCCAGACUAUCAGAUUUGAGGAAUUCUUAAUCUAAAGCCAGAGUAGUUCUCAUGCAUCAGUGGCACCUCAAAGCUAACUGCCAUUAUUCAUUCUCCAUUUAAUUGACACAUGAUUUUUUUUUUCCUCUAAAGGAUUAAACCCAGCUCAGAGAUAACUGUCUAUGAACCAUUUAACUGUCAUUUUAAUAUGCUACUUAACAUUUAAACCAAGCACUCAUGGUCUCCCAGUGCGCUAAUUGAUGUAGUUUCAUCCCUUUAUGAGACAAUAUAUCUCCAACAGAGGGAAAUGAUUAACAAUGAUGAAAAGUAUUCAUGGAUUUUUUUUUUUUGCCCCUAGAAGUGUUUCAUGAAUGAGGACUCUGAACUCCAUAUUUGCUGUUUUUUUAAAUACCUCAUCAUAAAGGGUUCAGAGCAUGGACAGUAUGUUGAUCUAUGUGUAAAACCCGAUAGUUUUAGUGUCUCAUAAAACCAGAGAAUAAUGAACAAUAAUUGUUUUCUGCAGGGAUUUAAGCUUCUGCGACUCUUAGUUAAACUUGUGAAGUGCCGACUGAAGAAUGGAGAUGGACUCGUGAUUAAUAUGAAAAUUAGGGAGAUGCAAGCACCUGAACUAAUCAGGUGGUUCUUAUUCAGGCUGGGCCAGCAUUGGUAAUGUUGCCAUUUUUCAUGUGUCAGCCCUGUUGCAGGUUACCGGGAAUCUGAUGCUCUCUUGUUAUCCAGAGGAGUGAAUGGAGAGCAGGCGAAUAAGCACAGAGAGGAGAGGAGAGAUGAAAAGGAGGCAAAAUUAGGAGCUGCUGUAGCUGCGAGCUAAGAAUGCUAACUUUGAAAUACUAUCAGAGGUCUUAAUGAAGAUAUAAACUUCGCUCUCUGCCUUUAAUUACUGCAGACAUGUUUGUCCUUUUUACAAGCUGACGUCUUAGAGCAAUAUUAUGGAAAUGUUGAUAAAUCCUACUCAGGGUAAGAAGACACCAUUUAGGCAGAAGCCUCUCUGCUCUGAGCGUAAGCAGGAAGCAUCACAGAAAAGAUGAAACACACCAUUUUCACUAAAGGCUGAAGGCAAUUCACUUUUGCUUCCUAAUUAUGCUAACAAGUGAAAUUAGGAUUUCUGGCUGUACAAACGCUGUUUUAUAAUGAGCAGGCUAGCCGAUCUACUAGCAAGAUCUUUAUCCCCUUCAUAUGGAAAAGGCUGUGAAUUUAAUAGUUAAGGAUUUAAUAUGUCCUCUAAUUUGAAGAAUAUGUAUUUUUCAAAGUGAGGGUCAAAUCAAUCAGAUUUGAUCCCUUUUAAUGGACGUUUCACUGAUCGCACCCCCUCUAACACUCAAAUGGUACUGUAUUUUCUGAUAUUGUUGCACUCAGAAUUUGGUUUGGUAGACACCUCCAGGAUCAGUCAUUAUUGCUUCCUCACCUGUCAGAGCUUCUUCCUGCUUUCACACUAAAAAAAAAAAACACAGCGCACCUUUGGAGGUGUCUUUCUGUUCAAAGAGCGGUGGAGCCACAGGUUCUAUCCUCCUUAAUAAGGGCUGCAUUCCUGCAGUCCCUCCGGUGUGUCCUGUUGUUUCAUACAGUUUGCCUCGGUGAUCGUCCAAUGAUUAAAGCCCUCCAUUGUCUCAAAGUCUGGGCACAGUGUGUGCUUCUUUUUUCAUACCAGAUGAGAGGCUACGGGUGUCCGUUUGACAGAGGUGAAGGCAAUUCAGCUGGGGAACUCGGCUGCGUAAUAGGCGAUCUCUUGUACCUGUGGGAAAAGGUUAUUGCAAAGCAAGGCUUUCAAAGAGCAAUUUGCACAGGGAUUGUCAAAAGUUAGGUCAAGGUUUGGAAAUGCAAUAAUAUCAUUUAGAGCCAUUACAGUCAUUAUUACCCAUGUGACAUCAGUGAAAAGGUAGGCUGGCUGGGUAAUUUUAGUGCCUGAAACCUUUGGCUCUUUGAAAUACGGUAUUUUUACUCGUACAACUAUAAAUAUGGAAUUAAGUUUGAAGGUUUGGGAAUGAAAAAUAAGGAGUAACAGUUCACCUAUAAGUUUGUUCAGAAAUAAAUUGCUUGUUUUUGCAAUAGCCUCUUGUCUGUUUUUGUGCACUCUCCGACCAGGUGGAUCUAUCUCCUGCACUGAUGGCUCGCAUCAUCCUGGACAGGUUCCUCCAAGACCUUGAGGGCGAAAUGCGUGAGUACCUCUUUUCCAUUUACCCCUCAGUCCUUUCUAUCAUCCACCCCAUCAGUCUUAAUCGUAGGACUUUGUCUUCUGAAUUCCAUUCGGUUUGAGUCCUAAUUCCAGUCCUAGCUGCUUCAUUUUCAGCCUGUCCAAGCCUAAUGAGAGACAGACCACGUUUAGAAGUAGCUGCAUCCCAGAGCACAUGACUGGCAAUUAAGCACCAGGAGGACCACCCACCUUUUAACUGCAGCGUGGAUCAAUGCAAGCUCACCUCAUGAGUGUUAUUUAUAACAGGCCUGAUUUCUUUCCUCACCCCCUUUAUUCCCAAAUGCAUUCAUUUACACCAUACCUUUCUUUUCCUCCUUCACCCCUUCUCCUUUUCCAUACCUACUGGGGAAAUUGAGCUGAAGGAAAGUAUGGCAGGAAAAGUAAACCAUCUCUAGGUAAUGCUGAUGGACACACUGUGGGGGAAAAUCACAGAUGUAAAUGUUUUUGUCUCAGGGUAUCUGCGGGGUCUUAAAAAGGUCUUGAAACAUCUAAUAAACAAUAACUUGAAUUUAAGGCCUUAAAAUGUCUACAAUUCUCUUGAAAUCUUAUAGAAUGUCUUAAAUACAACUUUACAAGGUCUUAAAAAUCUAUUAACUCUACUUACAAGGGAAUAAAGAUUGAUUUGAAGUAAUGUAAAAUGUUCUGAUUUCCCUUUGUAUUUUUUUGCCAGUAUGGAUGUUAAAUGGGUCUUAAAUUGUAUUCUUUAAAAAGUCUUAAAUCUGACUUGUUGAGCCAAAAUAUCAUCCAUGCAGAGACCAAUAUCCUCUAAUUCCCCACUCCCGAUUUGAUAACUUUUUAUUGUUUUGCAAUUUUCACAUUUGUGGUUUGUUUUUGCAUCACUGUGAAACUGCUUUGUAUCGUGCACACCCCAUUCCUAACCAUUUCAAUAGGUCCACCCUGAGAGUUUUGUGUAUACAUGCAUGUGUAGCUGCGCAGUAGUCACUGCUUUUGAGGGUGAAUCGCAUGAUGUCAAAAAGACGUGCUUCCAAUUUAAUCAAGAAAGAGAUUAAAGUGGAUGUGUGUUAUUUUCAACUUCGCCACAGCACAGCCAUUUGUCAAAGUCAGAGAUGUGAUUGCUUUGGACCCACCGUUAUCCACUGCCUGUCAAAAUAGUCGUCUGAGCAGCUUGUAGAACAGGGCAUUCAUCCAGGAGAGAGGCAUUCCCCGUCUCUGAUAAUAGCACCCUGCAUCCUUCCAUCUCCAUACAGUGUGAACAUGCUUUAUUGUUGCUCAGAAUAGAUUCAAAGCAGAUGAAACUUGUUGUUUAAUCUUGGAAACAGAGUUGUAACCAUACAGAAUCUCAGUGUUUUCAUGCUGUUAAGCAAUGUCAUGCAUGUUGUCUUUGUGGACAUUGAUUUGAUGGUUUUAUUUUUGUAAUAUUCACAGACUAAUAUCAGCCUUCCUUAUCCCACACUCAGAGCAUAUCAGAUUAUUAGUCAUCUCACAGUGGCACAAAUAAUGAUGUCAUUAUACAGUACUUUUCCACUGUUGCAAGCUGUAGAGUCAGUUGUUUUGGGGGUGACUUCUGUUUUGACAGAGCUCCUCUACAGUCUCCUCAUGACCUACUCGGCCCUUUCAAAUGAAUUGCUGCCCACAUGGACUGCGCGGUCAAACCCUCCAAUCUCCCUCUGUGUAUAUUAGACCCCAGUAAUGUGCUGCCAUUAUGAAACAAUGCAAGGAUAAUUGUCUUUGCUGGCAAUUAGCAAACAGGUUGGUUCAGUGCUAUUGUCAGGCAUAUCCGUCAUGCCCCCCUCCAGCGCUGAACCACGCUCUAGUGUGUGUGUGUGUGUGUAUUUGUGUGUUUUGUUGGACCCCAGAGGGAGGGCGGGCAGGCGAGCUGCAAAGAUCAAUAGACUUCUAUAUAAGGGACAUUACCCCCAACUGGGUGAGUGGCUUGCCUUUGCCUCGCACCAUCGUUUUUUUAUUCCCCUUCUCCUUCCCUUUGCAUUUAAGAGACACAGGAAUGGGGCCUUUGGGACUGUGGAAUAUAUGUACAAUCACUAGUGCUGGAUCAAUACACAGUUUUAAAUUGUUUUCUGUCCCUUCCUUGUUUUGUUUUGCUCGCUUGUCCCCCCCCCUUCUCCUUCCUCAACCUUCUCUUCUCCUUCCUUUCUACUAGCUACACAUACCACCACCAACGCACCUCAGCAUGACGACACAACACAGCUUCCCCCUCUCCUCUCUUUGCAGCAGAAGUAUUGGAGAGAGCAUCAGUCAGGCAGAAUGAAAGACUAUCUGGUGGAGCUUGUAAAUAAAUCAAUACAUCCAAAGCAGUUUUAUCACGUAUUGAAUAUGAUAUCAACAUCUAUAAUGCUCCUCGUCUCAUGAAAACAGACUAGGCAGAAAGGAAGGAAAAGGUCACCUGUGCUCUUUUGGACUGUUAAUGUGCGCUAUUUUAGGGUCAUAAAAGCUACACAUUAUAUGCUUUUAGGUAAAAUAGAGCUUUCUGAAUCACUUCAGACAGCUUUAAUGUAUGCCAGGAUUCCUCUCAGGGUUGUUGAUAAUGGACUCAUGUCUCAGAGAUGUGACAUAAAGCUGGCAAAUUAGUUUAUUGGACAUUUAUGAAUGACCAUAAAACACAUAACGCAUACAACAAAACUUUCAUUGUCAUUAUAGUUGAAUCUUUUGGACUUUGUGAAUCCAUUAAAUUUCUUAAUUUUCUUCAAGAGGCCAAAUUACAGUCCAGUUUACAAAAGAGGAUUAGGGCCACAUGAGAGAUUAAAGUUGAAAUUUCGAGAUUAAAUUCAACAUGGAUAAAGUCGAAAUUUCUUGAAUUAAGUUGAAUUUCAAAAUGUUGACGCAAAUAAAGACGAAAUUACAUGAAUAAAGUCGUAAUGUUGAGAUUAAUGAUAAUGAAUCAACAGCAUUGUCGCUCGUCACUCGACAACAUGUCCUCUGUAGAAGAGUUUGUAAAGCUUUAUCUUAGAAUUGGAUUCAGUAAUAAGGAAAUCAUUGCUCUUUUAGCACAAAAACACAGUGUGGUCAUAAGCAUUCGGACUCUGAAAAGACUGUUACGAAGAUUAUAAGGCAGAUGCAGGGUUAUCGAUGGUUACACCUGCAUGCUAUACAGCGAGGCUAUGUCAUCGCCUCUUACAAACUCUUCUACAGAGGACAUGUUGUCGAGUGAAAAGCGACUAUGCUGUUAAUUCAUCAUCAUUAAUAUCAACAUUACGACUUUAUUCAUGUAAUAUCAUCUUAAUUUGCGUCAACUUUAAUCUUGAAAUUUCGACUUAAUUCACGAAAUUUCAUCUAUAUUCAUGUCGACUUUAAUCUCAAAAUUUCAACUUUAAUCUCGAAAUUUUAAAUUAAUUCACGAAAUUUCGACUUUAAUCUUGAAAUUUCAACUUAAUUCACAAAAUUUCGACUGUAUUCAUGUCAACUUUAAUCCCGAAAUUUCGAAUUAAUUCACGGAACUUCGAUUUAAUUCACGAAAUUUUGACUUUAUUCAUGUCAACUGUAAUCUCGAAAUUUCGACUUAAUUCACGAAAUUUCGACUUAAUUCACGAAAUUUUGACUUUAUUCAUGUUGAGUGUAAUCUCUGUAAUUUUGACUUUAAUCUCAUUCCUAUAAUUAUAUAUUUUUUUCUCUUCAUGUGGCCCUAAUCCUCUUUCAUACCAGUUUCACAUUAAAAUCACAUGGAGCCACAGGCUGGAAUCAAACCCCAGCCGUCCAUCUAAGGCAUAACCUCUGUAUGCGUGCAUGGGUGUGCACUUACACGGCUAGGCUAGAUUCGCCCUGAUACAGCCAGUAGUUGUAUUAUACAUACAAUACGCUUUAUGCAAAGACUAAUAAAAAAUCUCUGAUCAUUGAAAAAUACAAGGAAUUGAACUGAAAUAAAAUGUUUAAUAAUUUGCAAACCUAAAAGGCCAAAACAAAUACAUCUUGAGAUCAGACAUCAGUUGCUUACUACACUGCUACCAAAUUAUUAUUAUUGUAUAUAUGUUUUUUUGAAAUGUUAAUGAUAUAAAAAUAUUUUAUAAGUUGAACUAACUCUACUUUUUUGUUAUAUAAUUGAUGCAACGCCAUUGCUCAAUUGUCAAUCAGCCUCUAUGUCAGUAGAUGCUACCUCUUAGACACCACAUUGGGGGAGCUCCAGCUCUAUCUUUCCCCCUCCUGCUACUAUCUCUUCAUCUUUUUUACUCUAUUCCUCCUUUGACAGGACUUGAUGUGCCUCUAGAUUUAGACAUACUUUUUUUGAGGAGGCAAUUUUGCUAGCUAUUUGACCUUUUCCAUUUUCCCAAGGCCCAGCUCCAGAUUAGAUUGCCGCUCCAUGUUUUGUAACUAUGUGAUUCGACCGGCUUUAAGAUUUAUUGUCACAUUCCUUUACAGAAGCCUUGUACGCUAGGUUAUAAAUGUCCCGCGUUUGAUGUUAACACUGUGAGAAUGUUAGCGUCGACUAUGAUCCUUGGGUUCCUUGACAGAAUUCAUAAUAGCUUCAGUGUUUUGCAGAUCAGACGCGUUGAUAACUGAAUAUUGUAUUCUAGUCUAUCCAGUAUAAUCUGUGAUUGUUAUGGUUUCUCCCCUUGUCUUUAAGAGCUCUUCUUUCCUGCCCUCUCACCUCUCAUCGGUGCAGCCUUUUUUCAAAUAAUGAGGGAAAGUGUACUUCAUUAGCAAGAAGAGAGGCAAAGGCAUGAUGAGUGUGUUUUUUUUUUUUUCUUCUGUGUGUGUGUGUAUGCAUGCAAAGGGUGGGUGCAAAAAGAGGUAAGCAGCAGCGAGGCACUUCACUUGACAAGUAUACUAAUUACUCCUUUUCAGCAGAGGAGCUCCAGUCAGCUUCUGCCACAGUCUAAUGGCCUGACCUAGGAAGUCUCUCUCCAUGGCAGAGCCUCCCCAGAUCUACUAUUACCACUGCUAUACACACACGCACACACACACACACACACACACACUCACAGAGAAAUGUGGAGUCUCAUCUCACUGCUAUCAGGGAGAAUCAGGUGGAAGCAGAUCAGUUCUGCCCCAGUAACCUCUUCAGGGACUGGGCUCCUCCUGCACGGGAGAUACCAGCUCAUAUCAUCAACCAGCACCUCCACACCUCCACAGAUACUUAUAAAAAAAACACACUUAUUCCCCUCCUCUCUCUCUACUCUUCUAUUCUCUCUCUCCCUUUCCCAUCUUCUGUUUUUUUUUUCAAUAUGGGAGGAUAAAUUUAAAAGGAGUAAAUUGGAAAAUCAAAUGAGGGCUUUAGGCAGCCGCAGAGAUUUGCAGAGCUGUCGGCCAGCGUGGCGGAGCCUCAUCCAUCAUGUCCCACAAGUAGUCAAUUCCUCUAGUAUCUGUAAAUGUUUUCAGAUAUUAGCCAAUUUAUAUGCUCCGAGAUUCAUCAUGGAAAAUCAGCUUUAGCGGCGCACAUUAUCAGGACCUGUCUCUCCCUUGCUCCAUGAAGUUUGAUGAACGAGUGCCCCUCCACAGCUCAAUGGCUUGUGCAUGGGGAGUGUGGGAUGCAGGGGGGUGUUGCAGGCAUACAUAGGAAAUGGGAAGAGCCCCCCCCCUGAAGAGGGAAAAAAGUGGGUUUUUUAAUUAAUAAACAAACUUGCAGAGGAGCUCAUCAGUGUCAGGCACAAUAACAAUUGUCAUCCAUUAUUGUUUAUUACGGUCCUCCCUCAACAAAUGUUGCUAUCUAAUGAGGUUUCUCGACACUUUUUUGUGUGUGAGAUAAUGACUUUUCUCACCCUAGUGGAAGGAAGAGCGGUUGCAAAAUGACACAAGUAAGCAAUAAGAACCAAAGCCAAGGUUAUGUUGCUCUUACCUUGCUUUCUCUGGUUUAUCUUGUUUUGGGGUUGCAUAUGAAAACAGGCUUGUGAUUUGUUUACACUGCUUGUUUUCUUUAGAGAAUCCCAAUGGAGGCGUCACAUUUCACAUCUUUUAUUUCCGUCCUCUCUGUUCUCUCUGCUCUGAUGUUUGACGGUGUGAUACGGCACCUUAGUCAGAAUUUAUACCAACAUGCAACAAUUACUGUAAAUUUGGCGAAUGUUUACAAGGUGCAAAGUCGUGCUGCAGGGCUUUGUUCCCUGUGUCUGGUGUUCCUCAGAUUAUGCUUUUUAUUUUCUCCGCACGUGUUUUAUGUGUGCGUCUGUGUGUGCCUCCAGUGUGUGUUUUUUUAAAAGCGUGGCGUGUGUGUGUGUUGCAGAGAGGAGCUCAGGGUGUCACAGAGGAGUGCUGCCGUGCAAGGCGGGGGCGUCUUUAAUAAAUGUAUGCUGAUGUUGGAGGCUGCAACCAUGCGAGGGAUGCAAGGGCCCUGUUGUUAUUUACUGCUGUGUUUGUGCACAGCGGCGAAUCCCGGGCCUGCAAAUGGCAUUACAGCCUGUGAUGAAUGAGCAUUAGGGUAAACUCAUUUUAAAAGCAUCCUGAUUUAUUAGCAGCCCGGCCUUCCAUUUUCAUCAGGUCAAUGCUUGGCUGAAAUUCCACAAUGUCAGCGCCAAGGUCACCUCUUUAUGGCUAUUUUUAACCCCACUGCUCAAAGAAAGCAGCAGAAUGGAAUCCUAUCACUUUUACACCCCAAAAAAAAACACAUCAAAUGUCUGGAGAGAUGAAGUAAGAGAGUCCUGUGUGUGUGUGUGUUAUGUGAUAGACCAAAAUGUGGUGGUGGUCAACCUCCAAUUAUGAGUGCUAGUAAGACAAGAGCUUUAAUGGCUGCUGUUUGCCUUCAGGGAGGUUUAUAACACACUACUGUUUUGCAGAAGCAGCGUCAAAUCUAUAAAACGACCAUUAGGAAGAGGGAAAAAAAUCAAUCAAAAUGCCAUUAAAGUGGAAUAAGUUGCCAAUAUUGCUGAUGUGGUUGCGGGUCCUUUGAUUUUCCUUCAGAUUAUUAGGCACAGUCGAGUAGUGACUUUGUUAAGGGAAACCAGUGUUGUUGGGGAGUAAUAUGUCUCUGGGCUUCAUAAAGUUUGCUGCCUCAUAUUUCCCGCUUUAUUGAUUAUCCAUUAUCAUUUGUCAUGAGGUGUCCUAACUCAAGGGGAAAAUAUAACCCUCUUUCUUCACCCCCGCCGCCGCCGCCCGCGCUGAUCUGCACAGGAGCGCGGUAUGGAUCUGCGUGCGUGAGAAGGUACCAAUCUCAGAGAAAAAUGAGCAAAGAAAUAAAGCACAGCCCUGUGCCUUGCAGCUCUAACAGGGAGUGUGAGGUUAUGGCGAGGGCUGAGGGAGUACACCGUGGCAGGGGGAGAGACUGAAACAGAGAGGAAGGGGCAGAGGAAAGAUGGAGACAAAGAGGGAGAAACAGAAAAAGAGGGGAGGAGAGCAGAGGAGAGGGAGUGCUGAAUGGGCUUUGUUCUUCUCCGCCCUCCUCCCUCUUUAUUUCAUCAUAAGGUAGAUGAAGGAUCACAGCACUGUUAGUCCUCUCUGUGAUAGUUUUGUCAAGGAGUAAUUCUGAGGUAAGAAAUGUAAGGAGAGGAAGACGCUCAGAAGUCCAGUCAUGUUUUAUAAAUGUCCACCCAACUCUUGAUCAUCAUCUCCUUUUUCCCUUAUUUUCCCUUUAUGAUCCUAAUAGAUUUUUUUAACUACGAUGUGUUGGUUUUUGCUCAUACUUGUUCUAGAUGAGCCUUGGAAUCUCUGCUCAGUGUAACUACUCUCACCAUCCAUGCCUGAAAUGUGAAUAGAAACAUCCCUCUGUACUGCCUGCAAUGCUGCGAGUCUGUCAGCACCAUGUAUCACUAAAAUGGCGUGCCUCGACCAUUUCGUCACACAAUGAUACAAUUCAUUGAAUCCAAAUCUUUUUAAGAAAUGAUUUAAGGAAUUCUGUUGCUGUUGCUGUUGCAGUAGCAGGGAAUCAAUCCAGCGGGCUUUUCCCUUUACCUGAUUUAUAAUGUUGGUGGAGCAAGAAUGGAGAUGAGAGAUGCAGAAUAGUCAGCGUUCAUAACGUAGAUAAACUACAUGGGGCUCCUGUGCUGUGGACUGAAACAUUUAUCUAUAGAAAAUCUGUGUAGACACCAAACGGCCAUCUAAUGGAUUUGUGAGGAAAUACUGCACUAACAGAGGUGUUGUGAAUUACCAUGUCUUGUCAGGUCUGUCUUUUAUCUCUACUUCUUUUUAACCAUAGUCAGUGUAAAUGAUCACAUUUUUAGAUACAAAAUUGAAGCUGUGAUUUGCAUAGUAACAUUUACUUGAUUAUAUAGUUGUUUUACCUUAUACUUCACCUCUUUUUUUAUUCUCAGCCUCCAAAAUGGUCAUCAACAGCAUGCUAAAGGAGCCUUCACUAAUUCCAGACCAAAUAUUAGCCAAAAACAUCUACCAAGUAAGUGUUUCUGCUUUGAAAUUCAACGUUUACACAUCCAUUCAAUCGUCUUGUGUCAUGAAAUAACAUUUUUUCCCAGAUUCAAUUUUAGAUAAUUUUUUAUUUGCUUGUCCACAUCACAAAUCUCCCUCCUAUGAAGUUUUUAGUGUUUUUGCACCACUAUCAGCCACUCAUGUUUGCUGAUAAGGUCACAUGAGCUGGUUCUCAUACCUGCCAACCAGCCGGCAUCUUCUCUGUUUUCUCCUCUCCCUCGCUCAGUAUGAGCUUCCUUUCUACCACCAACCCACCUUUUUUUUUUUUUUCUUACAAGCCAUAAUAUUUCUUCCCCCUCUUUUCAGUGCACAAUAAAUGACUGCUGUUAUGGACCGCUGGUAGACUGCAUCAAACAGUAUCCUAUCCCAUAAAAUUUUAAGCCUGAAAUUGACGAGGAGCUAUUGAAGGGGAUGAGAUGUGUCUGGCUUCACCUGACAUAAAAGUUCUGCUUCACAGAGGAAGUGUUUCAUCCUGCCUGGAAUAUCCACCAUCACCAGUGCAGGCGCUAGACGGUGAUGGAGGGAAGAAGAGGAGGAGGAGGAGGAUAAGAUGGGCUGAUCUAAAUGCAUCUCCAUGUUCAAACAGCGGAUCAGACCCAAUGUUCUAUGAUACAGGAAAAUAAUCAUUCAUAAGCCUUGUUGGGAUUGAAUUGCUCUUUUGUUUGGUUCUUUGUUUUACCCAGAUUGUUUGUCAUUUUAUGUCUAUAACAGAAAUUAAUUCUUAAAUACAGAAUUGUUGAAUCAUCAUUUAAUGAGAUUUCAUUAAGCUUCAAUCGGUCUAAAGUCAUUCAGCACCAUGGAGAGCUCUUUGCAUUUCACUUCAAUCUUGAGUUUUGAUUGAAUCUUUCAUUAUUUUUAUUUAAUUUUCUCAAAAUUUAGUUAAGUUUAGGUUUUUCUCUUUAAUUUUUUUGCCCACCUACAAAAACCUCCUCCCUGUGAAGCGAGGCUUGAAAAGUUUUGUCCUGCUUAUUGAAGGGCAAACAGCUGGAGAGCAGACCAACUGUUUCCUCAGGGAGGAACCGUAUUUGAAUGAGUGUACAUGUGUUCAUCUGCAUCUUAUUGUAUUGGUCCGAGCUUUCAUGUGUGUGGUGGGGCCGGGUCCUUCUGUUCAUAGCUGCUCAAGCCUGUCCUCCCACCACAGAGCUCCCUCUUUUUAACUCUCUCUGGCUGUUCUCUUGUUUGAGUCAUCUUGGAGUCAGUUGGGUUCAUAAUAUCCACCCCAUCACUCUCUUCUUUUAUGCAUUAAUUACUAUCCACCUUUGGAUGAUUAGCUCUGUUGAGGAGAAAUGUGCUAUAUGCAAACUAAUGUGGCAGCAAGCAAAACACUUCCUUAUGCAACUAAUUUGUUAUUUUUUUUCUAAAAGCAUUUUCCUUGUCGGAUUUUAGAGGUAAUGAAUGAAGCAGCCAGCCCAGGCGCUCUGUGCAUUUCCCCAAGUAGGCAUUUGUUUCGUGUUCUUCAUUUAGGUAAUGCACUUUCAAGAUUUGUUGUGAAAGCAGAUUAAAGUUGACCUGAAAUGUCUGAUUGUGCUCUCUGCAAAAGAAAAGGAAGUGCUUUCAGUUUGCAUUUGGAGAUGAUAAGUUUAUUGUUAAAGUGAUAUCAUGUGAGUUUACAUCAUCCUAUGUGCUGCUGUGUGUAUAAACGUAUUUUGACUUUUUUUAUUACCCCUACUAGGGAAAAUAAAAAUCUUGUCUUAUUAUUAGUUACACAUGUGAUAUCUUGCCAUUACUAUUUGUUAGAAUCCUUAACUUCAUUCCCAGCGCUAUUGGCCAAGAGCAUGAGGUGCUACUCCGUGACAAACUACAGGAGAGGAACCUUUCCUUUCUUGGUAAGUCAUUUUUUGACCUUCUCCUCACAUUUCUGUAGUCAGACUGCUCAUGGCAGUUUGGCCUUUUUGCAAGCUUGAUAAAGAAAGACCUGGCCAUGACUGAUGCAGUGGAUGUUACCAUCUAUUGAUUUGCUAACAACAGGGGCUACUCUCAAGUAUUCUCGGAUGUCGCUGUACCAUUCAGUUGAUAUUGAUGAAAUGAAAUGAAUAAGAAAGUUCUAUUUCUGCUAAUAUGGUGAUGUAUAUUAUGCAUCGGAGUCACUUUUGGUCCCAAGAUACGAUAAUAUCACAAUACUUGGGCCACAAUACAAUAUUAUUGUGAUUUUUAACAUUUUGUAAUACAGUGAGUAUUGCGAUACAAUGUAUAAAAAAAUUUUCAACUGUUAUGCUAAUUUAGCAUUUGGCUUUCCGUUAUGUUUUUCUUACUUAUGCUUUAUUUUAUUUUCAUGUAGCACGUCUUGCAAACCUUAUAUAUAUUUGUUGUACUAGCUUUCUCCUGCCCGAUGAUAGAAGCUCGAGCUGUCCACGCAUUGCUUGACGACAGUGGAAAACUCUUGAGCUGGCUGAUGCUAAUGCUAGUUUGUAGCUUCAGUUUGUUAACCCUGCUGCUAACUCCUACUACUUACCUCCUGUGCAACCCGCAGCUAAGUCCAAUGUCACCUCCGUCAACCUCACUGGACAAACAGUUGAUAUUAUUUUUCCAUUAUCAUAGAUUUCACUUCAAAUUAACAAUUAAUUUGAAAAUUGAUACGUGUAUCGUAUAUGCUGUAUCUAUUUUUUCUCCCACCCCUAAUGUAUAUUGUGUCGAUAUCAUUGACGCAUCUUUGAAGGAAACUCUAGUUUCCAUUCCUCACCAGUCAUCUAACAGUUAAAAAGACAACUCUUUUAAUAUCUCCUGAUUCUGAACAGCAUUUCCUUGUUCUAACAAUAUCAAAUCAAGGUAGAGUGCCCAGGUGUGAAAUUAUGAAACAGAAAUUUUUAACCCCGAGCUCAUCACCAUCCCCUAGGUCAGAUGAGUGAUGAAGAACAAAAGUCAUUCCCUCUACCAUUAAGACCAUAUCAUUUAUUUGGACCUGGAGUGCUGACCUUUCCUCCGAGCUGUACAGAGGACUGUUCUCAAACUGUCAGAGUUCGGGCGACACAGGGGCCACAGAGGCCGUCUCACCCCAUCUGAUAAAUGGAUUGGAAAUAAGCUAGCCAACAGCAGGGAUGGCCCAUUAAUUUUAAUAAAAGGUGAUGUAAAGAAGGCGAUCAGAGCCACAUGACAGUGUCAACAGUCCAGUAGGUAUGAAUAGAGGCUGCUGUUCACGCACACAUUACCACACCCAGGAUGCCCCUCUGUUCCACAGGCCUCUGGCAGCCUCUCUGACCUCCCUCAGCUUUCCUUCUCCCCCCUUGGCUGAUGCUACCUCCUCUUCAGCACUGACACCGCCACCCUCCAUCUCUCCUCAAUUCCCUUCCAUGCCCCAUUAGUUGAGCUUGGCUGGAGACAAAGAGGCAGGCCCUUGGAACUGAAUGACCUGGUCAGCCUGAGAUUUAAUGGAGAAAUCAGGUGUUGGAGGGAUAAUGGCCGAAGCGCACCAGAAGUCAAGGACAAUGGCUGCAGCGUGCGCAGGCAGGGGUCAGGCUCACAUAGUCUAUAAUGCCAACCUUGUCCCCUUGCUGUAUAUUUUAUAAAGCUCUGCCAAACAGCAGAGCGGCUCUGUAACCAGGCUUUACAGGUUUGUGCUACGACAGCGAAUCAGUGGCAGGUAGAGUUAAUGGUUUUACUGUGCUUACUGUCCUCUACUGUUAUUUCUGCUUUGCUAACACUAAGGGGUUUUUUGCUCUAGUGAAGGUUGUUGGGUUACCUGCUGUUGCAGAACUUCAGUAAAGAGUAAAACUAACAACAGAGUAAAGUCAGAUGUUAAAACUCUGCCCUGUGUCCCCCAUAGAUGAAAACCAACUGAGAGCUAUGGGCUACGACAAAACACCUGAUAUCAUCCUGGAGGUCCCUAUAGGUUAGUAUUUACAUCACAAAUACCAAUGUAUCAUCAGAAAUAACUGUCUGUUAACCUAAGCUACCCUGAUUCAAACAGGAUUACACAGUUGUCAAACCCCUGUCAUUUUAAUGCCAGAUCAUCUUUGAUUUUUUCACAAUGACUGACAGAGAGAAAAAAAGAAAAUGUCACUUGUCCCUUCUGGAUCUUACUUGUGUGGCCUUUUUGUUUCUGGUUUUUCUGGGUGACUGUGUGCGUUUUGUGUGUGUGUGUUAGCUGUUGAAGGACACAUUGUACACUGGAUUGAAAGCAAAGCCUCAUUUGGAGAUGACCACAGUCACCGCACAUACCUCAAUGAACAGUUCUGGAGCUACUGGAACAGGUGAGCUCUGUAUUCUCAACUUUUUCCGAUUUGCAUUGUGUGCAUUCAAUAUACGAAGUUAAGACAGAUUUAUUUCCACUUUACAUGGUUUAUAGCUUCCCUUUUUUAGACCACUAACCACAGUCAACAUUACCAGUCUUUUGUCUAAUCACUUCCUCUAUCACAUAAUUGACUCUGCAUCUCACAAGUCAUUUGAUAAAGGUAUUUAACCAAAGAUUGGCUAUACAUCCCAUUCUUCCUUGGCAAGAAGUUUUUCCCAUCGAUUUGAAAAGUCACCUCCUCUGCUUUGCUUUGGGUUCAUAUACAGUUAAAUCCGGUUAUCCAGCUUAUUAUGAAUGAGUGUGUAUGUAUUGAUCUGUGUUGUUUCCCAAGUUCAACCAGCAAAAUGAGGUUGUAAAGCUUUUAUUUCAACUCGGGCUCCUCAACGAAGAUGGAAAUGGGCUGUAAUGACUGUUUUUUCUUCUGUUCUUAUUUUGAGCUUGCAAUUUAUAAACAAAGUUCUCAUUAUACUUUCCUUGUCUAUAACCUCCAACUCGGUAUUUUUUAGGAGAUACUUAACAAGUCACAUCAAAUUAAUUUAUCUUUUGGUCAAUCACAGUUUCAAGUAAUAAAAGGGAGCAGAUUUUGUGUUUCACUGAAUGUCAGAUAUAAUGGUUUCACAUUCAGUAAAUGUUACCUCUGUUAAUAGAUGACUGACCUCCUGAUUUCAUUUAGAAACUGCCAGAAAAACAUCCAUUUGAUUUUCAGGGAAAUGACUCUUUCAAUAUCAUUGAGUCGUUAAAACACAGGAGAUGAGGUCAGGGUCGUAAUCAAUGAUGUGUUUUAUUUUCUUAGUAACAUAGCUUUAUUUGGAAAGGGCCUGCCUCCAAAAGAAAGUGCUGUCAUUCAGUAAAGAGGGCCGUUCUGUGUUGGUAACGAUCUUUGAUAGGCUUCACUUAAUGUUUUCAGAAAAGUAAGUGACAAUAAAGAGCUUUGCUUCAGCUCCAGAACAUUUCAAGAGUGUGUUUAAUGAGGAAGCACUUAAACGAUCGCUGUCUCAGUUGGUCAAACUUGAAAUAAUUCAAAAAGAGCUCAUUUCUCUUUCACCACAGGCAGCAGGACGUGAAGCUCAGAUGUCUACAUAAAUAUUUCACUGUGUUUGCCAAUGUUCUUUCUUCGUUUGGAUUGAAGAAAGCGGCAGUAGUCUGUCUUAUGUCUUCCUCUUUGGCACUUGUGGCAUUAGUUUACAGUAGGUCAAAAUAUCAGAAUACUAACAGGCUGUGUGGACAGUUGGGAUUGGAUUGAGCCUUACAUAUUUGCCCAUGGCUGUCUUUCAUUGAUAUUCACUGGGGCGGCCUUGUCCAAGUGUAUUAAGGAACUGACAAAGCAGAUCCCAUCAUGUCAGCCAGCAGCCCGGUCAGAUAAAUAUUGUAGUGUCAAAAAAAAAAAGACAAAAUGUCAGUCCCUUCAGAUGCUACCUUUUCCAGUAACCCUGUAAUUUUUAAUUGACAUUUACUACUGACAUUUGAGAAUGCACCUCAUCUUUCUCUUUAGCAUCUGAGGUACGGGUGUGUGUGUGCGAAUAGGAGGGUGUUUGUGUGUAUUCGUUAAGUAAAGGGAGUGAAUUCGGGGUCAGCACUUUGUAGUCCCAAAAACAUAAACCAGCAGAGAAAUGGGGGACAAAGAGAGUGAUGGGAUGACAUCACCCGGCUUUCAGUUCUCAUUAGGUCGAGCCAGUUCCUGAGACAAGCCCUAAAGCACUGAUUUUGAGGAUGUUUGUCCAUUCCUUCACUCCUCAAACUCACAUUUCAGCGCUUGACUCCAAACCGUUCAGUUUUCUUUUGACCGCCCUUGGAAUCGCACAGCAGUGGUUGUAAUUACUUCAUCGCCCCUGAUUGACAUUUCCAGUGAUUUGCUUAUUUUUCAUGAAUUCCCUCUUUGCUUUAACCGAGCUGCUUCACCCAUUGCCUGUGUUAAUUGUUCUUGGUUUGCCCUCAAGCAUUUCAGAGUGAGCUAUGGAGACAUGUUUUUGUAGAAGGCAAGAAAAAACAUAACUAAUUUUCCCUCCAAAGCCCUCACCAACUGCAUUUAUCAUCCAAACAAUAGUCUUGCCAACACACUAACCCCAUAAUGAACCCCUCUUCAGUGGAGUGAGGGGUAAUGACGCUUCACCUACGUCCCAAGAAAAAAAAAAGAGAAAGGAGGAAAAAAAUGGGUAGAAAAACGGUCUUGUGCAGAAUCAAACAGCGUGUUCAGGCCCAGUGCCUGGAUGAGAUGGUGAAGCAGCAGCUAUUGGUGUCUUCCAGCCAUCAAUCUCAGCUGGUGGCGUUCCAGAGGCAGCGAGCCCUCUGCUCUGACGGAUGUUCACAUAAUUGAGUUAUCCAUCUCGCCCAACUAUCAGAGUUGCAUAGAAAUUAUUCACCUGCUGGUGAAUAUUAAACACAUAAUGAGCCUCUUGUGUGUUUUAGGAGGAGUGGGUAAGGUUAAACACAGCAUGUAAUGAAAUAUAGACCCUCGUGUGGUGCCACCUUAACUGCCCCUCCUUGAUUAGGAUGUUUUUAAAUCAAUUAUGGUUGGCAAAGUUCUCCCCAUAAUUCCCCGAGAAGCCACGGAAGUUCUGACCUUUUUCAUGUCUGAUGAGUUUAUUUUACCGAAUACUUGAGCCAUAAUACAAUGUUAAUGUGUAAUGACAGUUAUUUACACAUAUGUUCACUCCCAUAAUUAUGAUGGUUUGCUAUUGCUUAUUGCAGAUUUUGGCUAAACUAUUGUCAGUACCAGACGUCAUAAGUACAUCUAAAAUAGAGGAGCGAAGACACCAGAGGAGGUCUGAUUCUUUAUAAAUGGAUUGAUUGAAAUAUUUAAAGCUCCUAUGAGGAGUUUUUUUAUGUUUAUAAAAUCAAUUGAAAUUCACAUUGAUGUCUUUUCAUGAUAUUCCAAAGCAAAGAAGACAGAGUUUGAGAAGAUUUAAGAUUUUUACAUCCUAAUUUUUAUUGCUUGAAACUGGGCUGUAGGGGUAGGUGUCAGCUGAGCAGCUGAGGAAAAUGCCUGCUUUGAAAAUUUCCAAUAAAAUGUUUGCAAUGAAUAUUACAUUUGACUGUCAAAAGUUAGCCGGUUGAGAUAUUUAGUCAAAAAUCAGUACUCAAGAAUGUAGCCAACAAGAUGAGCAAAGACUGCUUUGUCCACAGGGGGCGCCAAAAUUGACACAAACCAAAAGUUACUCACUGGAGCUUUAAAGUUAAACUGUCCCUUACACAUCAGAAAAACUAAAACCGAUCUAAACCGUCAUGUUACAUCCUUCAUGUAAACAGGAUGCUCAAGAGCUCCUCUUUAAAUGAUAUAUUAAUUUUCGCUUAUAUUUUUUUCGUGCAGUCAGGACUCUCUGCAUUCUUUGCUCAAGAGGGUCUGCUCAUUACUGAUUUAGUAAAUAGUGAAGGGUGUAAUGAAAUGGCCUUUUAUUUUCCUCCAUGCAUCAGUUUUGCUGCAGGAAAAAAUCAAUCAGCUAAAUCAGAUCAUUCUGUCCCAAAAAAUAUAAAACUGCUUUGAUAUACAGUGAAGCAGAUUAAAACAGAAAAUGCACCAUUACGAUAAUCAAUUCAGAGCCUGCCCUUGUCUUAAAUGUUUCCCACUUUCCCUCCCCCAUUUCCCCCAGUCCAACACAACACAGUGACAUGCAUGUGUUGAAAUGAGUAUGGAUGCCAGUGCACCCCCACCCCAAAGCAAAUCAGCUGUGAGAUUCAUAAACAGCAAAACGUGUCAGAGUUGAAAAUGUUAGCUCUCUUAAUGGAGGCUUGAAAAGGUUAGAUCUGAUAAAAAGCUGUCAGCCGUCCACAAAAAAUGAUUUAUGGCAAUAUAAUGGGACAGUAUGCCUCAUUUCUCCCUCGUAUGAAAUGGGGGUUAAGACUCUGGGUUUGCCAUUAUACAUCAUCUGGCUUGACCACUUGCACGCACAUGCAUUUUGUUUUCGUCUGGCUCUUUUGUUGUAGUCAUUUUGAAAGCCAUGCCUUGUUGUGUGGAUAAUUUACACCCUCCCAUAAUUACCAACAGAAUAUUCCCAUGAUACAAAACCCCAUAUUGAACUCCAUUUUAAUGCAUUUUUCACAAAUCAGAGUUAUGCACGUCCUUUGUUGUAACACUACUUUGAUACACACUAUAACAACAAUUAUUGAGGAAGUCAUAACUCUGGGGAGUCUGACCAGACUCUUCCUCCGACAUCGGCGCUAAUCUGCUCGCUGACGUGUUGGCUAAUGAAAAGACAUCCAAAAAUCUGAUUUAUGCGAUGUGUUAUACUCGUCCACACAGCUGCAGUUAGACAUCAUGGGGCCACAGUGAACUUUUUCCAAUUAUGUCUGUGGAGUUUACAGCUGAUAAUGCUCACUAAUUCUGUUAUAUUUUCUGAGACGUCAAUCCAUGUAGGACAUGAAAUUAAUUUUCUGAUUCCAGAUGAUGUACAUUGGCAUACUUUUUAAUGGACUUGUCCAUCAUUUUUUGUUGAACUUUCCACAGCAGGGACGAUAGGAAUCCUUAAUUAGUGCCGUGCAUGAUAUACUGCAGACAGCCCAUCCUGGAUUUAGCUAGUUACACCGAUUUCUUUUAAAAAUUCUUUGCUAGGUCUAGUUCCUAGGUGUGUCUUCGGUAUGUUGCUUUUACACAUGUGACUUUUUAAAUAAGAAGACGGGGGUUUGAAAAAUGCUUUUACAUGCGUAUAGAGUGUCUCGUUGAGCAGUAUAAGCCUCAGCAGCAGCAAGGUCAUCAUUGAGCCAGAGCAGAUAGGCAUUGUCACCUGAGAGAGGGCGCCUACAGGUCGUAGCUGCUGCUGAUCCAAUGAGGCUGGACAUUACAGGGCCAUCCCUGAGGACAGGAACCGAUGCUUCUGGGGUGACAAUGUGACACCUCAAGGACCUGUGCACUGCCAGGUUUCCCCUCGAUCCUGUCAGAGAUGUGUGCGCACAACAAAAGAAGAGGGACAGUAAAAAAACAUCUACAUUGUUACAGUGACCUAAUGUGUGAAUAGCUAAACUUAAAGGCAGUGCGUUCAUUUUUGUGGUGUCGAUUUUGUGACUUUGCAGGGUUGCAUAGGUUUGACGCUUUUAUUUACUAAAUCCUCAUGGAGAAUUCUAGGUAGAGCUGUUUUUCGUCUGUUUAUUUUUCAAGAGAGAAAAUAAAAAAUAAAAACAGAUUUCCUGCUAAAGCAUAAGCGCCUUUGACAUUGCCUUCCUCCUAUUUAUAGUCAUGGAUACCCCAUGCGGUGCAGGAACGUGGCCUCUUUUAUUGUUUCCUUUGUUAUGACAUCCUCUCGCAGAAUAUUCCACAGUUAGAAAAAUAGCUAUCCACAAUGGUGGUGCCUUUAGGGCUUUGCAAGUGUAUGUUUUAGGGCACUUCAGCACACAGAAGUGCAAUGCAGGCCCCCAAAGCGCAAGCAACUUGGAAUAUUAAUGGCAAAUGACAAGUUGUCUCUGUUGCUUCAAGGAUUUCAUGCUUUUAAGGAUGCACAUUUGGGUGCAUUGUUUAAGGCGUCUGGGGUGUAAUCCGCACUCUCAGGUCUUCAGCAGCCUCAGGAUUUAGCUCCGGUUAAGCCUCCAUGUCUCCUAUUUAUUUUUGUAGGGUUGUAUGUGUGCAUUAUCCAAAUUUGUCAUUUACCAUUGAGUGUGAGAGCCGCUUUGACACGGCCGCUGUGUGCAUAAACGAGGAGCGGGACAGAAAGCGGCGCCCCGGCGAUGUGUAUCCCUCCUCCUGUCUCUCUGUUUGCAUGUGACACUGUGAGAUGGAGAAGAAAGCCCGCAGUCAAAUGAGGUGCGAGCAUGUUGUCUCCAUGAAUUCCUGUUUCGCCAUAGAACUUUUUCAAAGAUUAACGUACAUUUUUUGUCAGCUUUCACGAUGUAUGUUGUCAGACUAACAUGGACACUCUUUUUUUCCCCUCAUUUUUCUCAUUUUCUUGGUCUCACUGCCUUUUUCCUCCUAAGCUUUUUUUUUUCUCCACCAUGACCUUUUGGGUUUAAUUCCAGGAAGAAGUUAGCAGCAUUUGUCAAAAGCACAGGGAGAGAGAGAAAGAGAGUAAGGAUUAUACUGGCUCUUUGUAAAACUCAAAUUAAACAGUGAAUUUUGAUGGCCCCCUUUACUCCUUAAAGAUAAACAAGUUUUAUCUCAACCAAAGUGAUCAAACUGGCUUUAGUAUUUUCUUGAUUUUAAAGAUAGCCUCGACAGAUAGAUGUUGAACACAAAAUGAGGUGCUUGUGUAAAUGUUUUUUGUUGCUUUUCAUUCUCACAUCUACAAAAAGUUAUAGAAAGAUAAAUAGGAUAAGGAAAUAGCUAUGCCUGUAGAUAAGGUUGUGAGCUUGUAUUUCACUAAAUCUGGCUAAAUAUACUUUCAGAGAGUUUUAAUGAACACCAGACUAGAAGCAGCAGCACAAAUAUUUAAUUCUUUUGAGGAUUUUUUAAUUUCUUCAGCCCUCUUAAGUAUUUUAUCUCAUGCACCUGCACAGCUGCUUUUAACACGCCUUAACACUGACCAGCUAAAGGGCUUAAUCGUGUCUUAACCCCUCUGUAGAAAAGGUUGAAGAAGGUCAGGAGUCAUCAAUGAUCCCUUCAGUGUAGAUUUCAGGGCCUCUAAAAAAGAUUUAACCAAAAUACAUAAAUAAAACAUAUAUUUUCUGACUCUAUCGACUAGUUUGGGCCUAACAUUUUGUGUAUUUGUGCAUUUGUGCUUUGUCUGGAUAGAUGAGGAAUAAAUAUUAUAUGAUUUCAUGACUCGUGCUUUUAAAGGGGAUUAAGUUUCCCUCAUUUCCUUGUUGUUCUGUUUUGUAAGAGUGACUUAUCUUGCUGUGUGUAGCACUGCUACAGGUACUGUAUACUAAAGCAUAGUAUAUUUGAAGAUUCAAUUAAACCCUCUACAUGCUUCUUUGGUUCAAAUCAGGGCUUGUUUACAUUUAACAAACUAUCUUUGCCUUAAUUUAAAUGUCAGCCGGCAUUGUCUUGUGUAUUUCUGUUGCACGAAAACAGAAAACACUAUUUCCAUUCCAGACUGAGAAUAAAUAGAAUAUUUUGUACCGAAUGACAGCCGAGGAAACAAUGCUUCAUAUUUCUGCCUUUGUGUUUAAAGAGCAGCUCUGUGUGCACCAGAUAAUGUGCUGGUACUCAUGGUCUGUGGAGGCCCAUCAGUCACUGUGUGGGGCUGGUCGCCUGUGAUAAGUGGUUCCUUAUAGAUAAUCUAGACAGUAGGCUUCUUUUUAUAGGCCCACUGUCCCUCACAUAACCUUGUUGUUGUUGUUGUUGCUCAUACCACCCAUGCUUAUUUUCUUCUUCGUUUCCUGCAAUCUCACCUUCUCGUUCCUGCAUUUUUUUUCCUCUUUUUUUGGUACAAUAAAACCUCUUCUUUUAAUUCCAGUGUGUAGAAUCGUAAAAAAAAAUAGCACAAAAAACACUGAGAUUUUUUUAUCAUUGAAAAGACAAUUAUAAAAAUAGUUUUAAUAAUGAAGAAAACAUAAAAAAAGUUACCAUAAGGCUAAGAUUUCCUUUCUUAGGUGAUACAAAAGUGGAAAUCUGACUGAUCAGCUUCUGUUCCGUUGACGCCAAAAGACGCCGUUCUGUUCUUCAUUUUCUACAUCAAGUUAAAAAAAGAUUUCUCCUUUCAACAGCUUCAACAGUUGACCUCAUCCAUCUUCCCCAAUAGCAUGUAUAUAUGGUUUGAAUUGUUUGUUUCACUAUGUAAGACCUAUAUCUGAUUGCACCUCGUGGCACUCACUUUGAUUGAUGUUCCAGAAUUAACCGAGGUUAAAUACCAGAUGAAGAGGCAUUCGUUUGAGUGAACUUUGCUUUAUAUUUCACUAUUAAUUCACUUCGUUGCAUCGAUGCCAGAUACACUGAGAGAGAUACAAGCACAUCUGAGUCCCUCCUCACCGGUCCUGGCAUUUGUUAAAGAGCUUCGUCAAGACCCCAUCUUUGUUCCCAGGCCGCCCUCUCUCCCUCUGGUUUGAGUUUCACGUCUCGCGGCGGUCUGAUUGCCUGAUAGCUUAAACAUCUCUGCCUGCCUAUCCCUUAGCAGGAGUGUGUAAUCAAAGACACAUGAGGAGCCCUGUGUCCAGGCGGUGACCUUCUGAUUUUGCUCAUCAAUUCUGGGGGUUAAUGUACGAGGAUCUAUCAGGUCAACAGAUUUGUCUCCUCUGGCUCUGUCGGGUCUGUGAAUGAUUAGGAAAAAAAUGCAUUUGGUCGCUGAACCCUAUUAAAACUUCUUAGAGUAAAUGUGCACUCAGUGUAGAGGCUAAUAUAUCCUUACCAUUCUCUUUCUACUAAUCAUGCUAAUAUGUUUUCUUUGUGUUUUAAAUGAGUGGAGUAAACCCGUUUUUUGACAAGGGCUCACAGAGUUAGCUAAAAAUUCCAACUCUGCCCACUGUCAAUGUAACAUUUCAUCAUAGAGGGGAAGUCGGACCACACGAUACCCGCUCCUUCUCCCUUGGAUUGAUGCGAGAUAACAGAGGCGUACAUUUCCGAACAAGUGAAAUAUAAACUCUGCGCAGACUUUGGUGCUUUGAGCUGCCCCCUUUGAACAUCGGCCACAGAGACGUCGGAUAAAUGUAUUCCUCAUUUUGAGUGAUAUCUCUAUCAGCUGGCACGUUCUCGCACCAUGUAUCUUCCCCUCCCAUGUUACACCCGGAGUCUGUCUCUUCAAUGAGGGCUGUGUGUUUUUAAAUGACCACUCUUAUUUUUUCUAAUGGGUGUCUUGUGUGUCAUGGAGGUUACAAGUGAAAGGGCAGAAUAGAGCUGUCUGGAGAAAGGCCGCUGAUAGAAAGUGCCACUUCAAUUUGAGCACAGCUGCAGCUGAGUCUGGGCUGGCUCACUGUCCGGCCCGACACGUUGCAUUCUCUUCUCUUGCGACUGGAAUAGAUGUGAAAACUGUUAACUUUAGACAGAGUUUUGGCCUGACCAGUUCUGAUCUCUUCCCCUUAUUCAUUUCUUAUCUGGGGCUUGUUUUGUCAGGAAUGCAUGCUGACAAAAACCACCUCAGACACCUUUUUACAUUUUGUUUAUUCAAGAUUGUUGACUCUUUAAAACUCUUUCCUUAAGAAAUUUGAGCCAGGCAAAGUUUUGAUUUCAAUACUUCCUUAAAAACAAUAUGAUGUCGUGCAUUGUUAAAUAUAUUCAACUGUGUUUUUAUAAUACUUUCCACUGGAUCGGUUAUUUGACUACAGGCUACACCUCCCCUAAUUUGGUGAUGAGGGGGUUUAACACUUUGAGGAACUCUAUCCGCAGAGCUGCUGACAGUCCUCAGCCCCCUUGAGUCCUAGGUUGUGGUUUGAGAAAAGACUACUGCCUCUGUUUUAAAUAUUGGUUGUGGUUUGAAUCAGAAACUGGAUAAAUUCUCUGAAUAACGAUUCUUAAACUUUGAGCUUCAGCCGCCUGAGUGAAACUAAACACGCUCAAGUGAAACUUUGAACUACUCUUCUUUUUUUUCUCCCAUCAGCCGAUUUGUUUUCAAAUUGUAGCGCUGAGUUCAUGGGAAACUCACUCCGAGGUUACCUGCGCCCCUGCAAAGUGGUGGAAAAAAAGGAUUACGGCCGCAAGAAUGUUUUCGCAGUUAGUUGAAAUAUUACUAACCUUGUCAAAUGUCAUUUUGAAUGAGAAAGCAAACAUAUUUUAAUCAGGGUUUUAAAGGCAAACUGUGACUCUGGGAGAAAGGGGUCAGCUAAUUGCAACGUUUGAUGUCAUGUUUGGUCUCUCUCUUCAGGCUGAUGCGACUGCCUGAGAGCAUGCUUGCUCUCUCUGCAGCUCUGUCUCUGUGUAUCUCACACACACACACACACACUCACAAAAGCAUACACUCGAAUGAAAAACUACUGAUAGGUCUAAGAGUUCUCAGAAAGUCUUUGCCUCUACUUCCUCUCAACUUUAACCUUCUUCUGCUUCCUUGUAUGGAUCACUUCGCGUUUUGGCUCCACCGCAGAGAAAUUUUAGGAUCUCACUCAUGAUUUUGUGAAUGAAUGCGCGUGUGUAUCUAUAUUUUCUUUUUAAAAUAUGAACCCCUUGUGGAAAAACUCUCCCACAGUCCCGACAGCAGGUUUAUUUGCCCAACACAAAGUCAAAUGUCUUCAGUUCUCAUAAUGACUUUUUUUAAAAGCAGCGAUGGCGGUGGGGGGGGGGGGGUAAAGGGAUAUACAUUGUAAAUUAUGUUUGACAAGGUGGGGUUAGUGGUUUUGUCGUGGCUUGUCUUUAGUUAUUACUCGCACUUCCUCCUGCCAUAGAUAAGGUCUGCUGGUGAACAUACCAAGGUAAGCGCUGGCGCAGGGCCCCUUAUCGCAAGCAUUGAUUUAGGGCAAGAACCCAGUGACAGAGGUCAUUGUGCAGUAAAGCCAUCCAUCAUUCAGGUUUGAUUUCUGUUCCGACCUGUCUCCAAGUUGUCUACACGUAGGCGAGUCACAUGGAGGAGCGGCCGCAGAAAAACAGGCAUGGACAGUCGACUGAGGAGCUCCUGCUUCAAAAUGCUCUGUGUGUGUUCAGAGAUGACAAGCUUUAAGCGGUCUAAGACCAUUAUUCAGGUUUAACUCUUAUUAAGAAUGAUUUAAAAUAAGACUUCAUUUGAUCCUUUAAUUAUACUACAAAAUCCACAUGCUAUUUGUCUCAUAUUUAAAGCUCUGACAUGCCCAUGAAUAAUUAAGCCUUGAUUUUUGUUUUUCCACCAGUAGCUGAUUGCCCGUCUUUCCACUGUUUAUUUUGCAAAUCACAGUAAUUCUCCACAUAUCUUCAACAUUCAGUAUGUGUUUCAGACUCUCACAUUUUCCCCCAUUUAAAAUUCAAGGUACUUUCUCAGCCUGCGGUAAAUAAAUUUACAAUCAUAAACACAGUUUUCCCCUUGUGCAGGCGUAUUUUUUCAGAUGUCUGAAGAUGGGUAUUUAUUGCCGUUAAUGUUGUUCAUGGCCUUCGUGGCUAGACUUUUGGCUUAAAUGUUCUAUUUAUCCUGGCAUCAAAUUAGGAGCUCCUACUUUCAAAUAUGCUAUGAGUCAUAUUAUUGAUCUGUCAUGAAGGUUAUUUAUUGCGCUUAUUUUUCACCAACUUCUGCAGAAGUUGUAGGCUGUCGGAGAUUCUCCCUGAUUGAUUGCAUGUAAAUGACUGUAAACUGGCUGUGCUGCAUCCUGAGGGGGAAGGUAUUCCUGUAGAAUAUAAAGGUCUCUUUAGUUAUGCUGAAAAAGCUCGCUGCUGCAGCGGCGGCGGUGCUACUCAUUCCAGCCUACCAGAGGAUAACUUAAGUAGCUAAUUACACUUCAGUCUGUAAUCAAACCCAUGUCAGGUUGUCUGAGAACCUGGAUUUGUGUGCUGGAUUUCAGCUAAAUACAGGGGCAGCUUAAACAUUUUAUGGUUCUCUCUUCAAAUUAAAGUUUCUUUCCGCAAUCCCCUCUAAAAUGUGUCAUAUCCCAUUACACAAAUUUGGAUAUGGUAAAUUAGUGGGGAGCCGGCACACUGCUAUGAAUAUGUUGACUUUUUUUUGUGCUGUGUGCAGAGGGUUUGCUCAUCGGGGGUUGGGGGUGUCUUUCACUCUAAAAAGUUGUCUUGAAUUUUCUCCCCUUGCAAGAUGAUGUGUUUUUGCAAUUCAAAUAUUUGCUCAUUCUCCUCUCCAUUGCAAAGCUCCCUUUGAAGCGGAAGAGUUCUAUCAGGCCCAAUGACAGUGUGAGUGUGCAGCGUGACAGCGCAAGAGGCAGUGCUGGACUAUUUCUAACUGCAUAUUUAAAUAGGAAGGAAAUCCAAAAUCAAAAAUAUAUGCAAAUGACGGCAUGUUUUGCAUGCUGAUAUUUUUAUGAUUUGGGGCUUGCAUAUUCAGGUGGUGUUCAGUAUUCCUGCCUGGCUUUAGCAACAUUAAGCAGAAUUACUUCAUAUCUUCACAACAACCUUGAUCUCCCUGUAAACAAACAUUUGUGGGGGUGGAAGGCCUGCGAUUUGGCAGAUUUACUUUUAAGCUUCCCAUAAUUUUUAUAUGGGCCUCUUGAAGUAAAGACACAUUCAAGGCCUUAGGCUUCAUGGGAGAGUGUGUAACCCAGAAACUCUCAAUAACAGCCUCUUAAGAUGAUUUUCUUCUAUUGCACAUUAUGGAGACCUAAUUACCUGAUCUCUUUUACAUACAUCACAGCUAAAUAUAUACCUUCUUUGCGUUAUGGUGGAAAGCUCCUUUGCACUUAAAUGGAGACUUUAGAUUUAUCUGUUAAAUUAGCAUAUGCACCAUGAAGCUGCGUGUGGGUGCCUGCACAUGUAUCUGUUUAUGCAUUGAGCUGCGGAUCAAGACAAAGCCGUUAAAGCGGCCCUGAGACCUGUCUUCUCUCUUUAAGGUAUAGAAAAUACAGUAUAAAAUAAUUAAUUGAAUUGUCAUUUCUAUGCGCAGCCCUUGCUCUCUGCACCCUAUAAUUCCGACCUCUUUCCCCCCUUCCCCUCACCACAUUUUUUCCCUUCUUUUUUUUCCAAACAGCAAUUAAUCUCAUUUUUAGUCCAAUUUCCAGCCCUCUGCUGGAGUCGGAGUGAGUCCCCUGUUUUGUUCCUAUUUGGCUUGGUUCCUCUGCAUAGUCAUUAAGGGCCCAAUUAAUGUCACCCUUUAGCUGAAGAGUGCUCAUUUUUAUUGGGGAGCUGACAGUCACCGCCAUGAGUGCCGCAGUGUAAUAUGCAUUAAUUGCCCCGUAACACUGGUAAUUACCAGUUCUUCAAGCCUCUCAGUAAACUGUCAUGCCCAGACACGACUGCUUUGAAAUAGAUUACUCAUUAGGGGGACCUGCCCUGUUUUCCAAUGGGGGCUCGCUGGGUUGGCAUAAAGAUGAAAAAAAUCUGAUGCUUGAACAAAUAGUUGCCAAGAGCAAUUUCCUAUUACAACUUCCCGGUGACGGCUUUCCUCUUUCUUUCUCGUCUUUCCUUUUUUUUUCCCCUCCUCAGAUGGCAUUCUCACGUCACUUGAGGUAAAGAUCAGACGGAGAGUUAGAUGUCCAUCACAGAUCCAGCUGUUAUCAGUCAGUCCUUCCCAAGUUUUGGGGACUCCUUGAAUGAAAACGACCUCUUGGAUUUCACAAGUCAGCACAUUGUCUUUGUUCUGAACUGAAUUCUUAUAUUUUCAUUUUUAUUGCACUAAAUGCCCUGAAACUAAUGCAUAAGCCUUGCUGGGAUGUGGGCCGUUUAAGUGCCUUUGUGCACAAGGUAAAGGCAGCAUUGAGGUGAAGCUCUUGUUCAAAUAUUGGUGCUGACUUGGUUAGGUCUUAGGUGUGUUUGCAAACUCUGCAAUCUCUGCUUUAACCAUUAGCUUGCGCUUCAAGGUUGCUGAAACAUGCCUGCAUACCUGAAGAAAAAGAAAUUUGAUAAUGGCCGCAAAUAACUGAUUUUAAGGAGCAGUCAGAGGACAAAAGCAAGGGAUGUAGUGUGGGUGUCACCAUCGCUUUGUGAUAAGAUAUUGUAAAGGUGCGACCAAAUCAAACACUGUUAGCUUGCACACAUCCUCCGCGCAGAAAGGUGUUGGCCUGUUUAGUCACGCUUGAAACAAUAUUUAGAUUUCACCACUGCUUUGUAAACGCUCCAAGUGUGCACUGGGCCGAGUCCUUUCUGCUCUCGGUUCUGUCUUUCUUUCUUUUUCUUUUUUCAGCUGCACUUGUGUGUCAUUAUCCAUUUACCAUAGCAGGGAAAAGAACAGAAUGUGAAGACCAGGGAAAAAAGCCUCUGCUGCAUACACACAGGUAGAAAAGACACACUCAAACGCACACACAGAGCGUCUCAAAGGUGCUGCUUUUUGUUUUAUCUCCCUUAUAGCACCUGCUUCAGGCAAUCUGCUCCCACUCGUCUCAAAUGAAUUUUGUCACGGCCUUUCAGAUUCUCAACCAGCGAUGCGCUAAUGAAAGGAGAUAGUACAAUUUGAAGUGACCAGGUAGCAGCCAGCAGCGCACAGCUGAGAGCAAGGGGUGGGGACACACACACACACACACACACACACACACACACACACACACCCCUGCUUGAAACAAAAGACAAGUCAACCAUCGGCUGAUAUACCCAUUACCCUUCUCAUUAAUACCCCACAGACCUCGCUGUGAGCGUGUGCGCUUGCGCAUGCCCGUGCGUGCGUUUAUCUGUUUGUGUUGGUCGAGCACUUAUCGAAUUGUUUAUGACAGGCCUAAUUGGGCUAAUUGAAGACAUUAAGAUUACCUGUCAGCUGUGUGUAUCCAGACUCCUGAUCUGUCUGACAACUCCUGACAAGUGAGGGACCCCGUAGCAUCCGUCAUGAUGGAGCAUUCCCAGGCCGUAAUAGGGACUAUAGGGGCCACUCUAAUUUGAUGUGGACAGCCUUAGCGGCACGGAUCAGCCUUCCCCCCGCCAUGUGUGUCUAUGUGUAUGUGUGAAGUUUAAGUGAGAGCUGGAGGGGCUCUGUGCAUGGCCAGGCUAAUGGAGUCCCCUUUGGCGAUGUAACAAAGCGAUGAGGCAGUCUGAGGGGAAAAGUGAAAAGGGGGUCUUCAAGUGUUUAAGGACAUGAGAGGAAAGGUGCUCAGGGGGGGUGGCGACCGUCUCCGCAGAUUGAGUGACAAGAGGGGAGUGCUGACAUCUGUGUGUCUGCGCAAAGAGUCAGCUACACUGCAUUAUCAAAGGCGACCAAAACUUUCUCACUUUGGGGAAAUAUCGAAAUGUGCCGCAGAUGAUUGGUGUAACCAUUCAAACUUAUCUGUUUCUGCUAGCACGCUGCUGUCAUUAUUUAAAUUCAUAACCAACCAACACCAACUGAUAACCAAAAACUCAUUCAAGACACUGAAACUGGUAUCAAUUCUGGUUGAUACCCAUAAAGGUGUCAAAACGACCCAAUAUUAAUACCGAUAUUUGCAUCAGGAGAACUGAAGUUAGAGUUCUUGUAUCAGUAUCAGAACAACUCUGGUAUCGGUAUCAAUGCUAACAUCAGAAAACGCUAGUAUUGGGACCAACAUUGGCAUUAGAAUAAAUCUAAUAUAGAUGCCUGUAUCAGUAUUGGAACGACUUUGGUAUCAGUCACCAAUAUUGGUAUCAGAACACCUCUUGUAUCAGUACAGAUAGUGAUAUUGAGACACCUCAGUUGUCGAGUCUGGUAUCUGUAUUAGAACACCUCUGAUACCACUGGCAGUACCAGUACCAGAACAACUCUGGUGUUGGUACUUGUAUCGGUAGACGAAAGGCUCUGAUACACAAUACCAGCAGAAUAACUCCAGACCAUAGAGAGGAAGUCAGAUUACUCUCUCUUUUUUUGAGGUCGCAGGUAUUCAUAGAUCAGACUUACCUGAUCUUAAACAGAGCCCACUCCUAUCUUCUUAGGCUUAAGGAAUGUGCCUCUGCAUAUCUGUAUCGGCCUCCCUCCUCUUCCUACCCACUCUCCUCUCCUGUGUGGGCAUUGUGUGGGGCUUUGCAGUGUCAUCACCGUGACAGAUCAACGCUGUCAGCCCAGGAGAUCCCUCUGUUUGUUUGUUCUCCUCCAAAAGGGGUUAAACUGUCAAGUUGACAACUCACAAGACCCUUAGAGUCUGCACUACUGCCUCUCCUUCUCCCCCGCCCACCCCUCCACCUUCAUCCCCAAACGAGUGAAAAUCAAUACCAGAUUGCCUGAGGACCACUGUUUGGUGUGGGUCUGACCCCUAGAUGUCCCCCACUCUGCUUCUUUCAUUACAUGUAGCCCAGUAUUUAACUUCCAUCCUGAUCCCUCGCCUAAUUAGUUUCGAUAAGCUUGGAGUCUCCCUCUCUCCCUCCCUUCUCGAUCCUCUAUCCCUCUCUCCUCUCUCUUACACGUGUGCUAACACACACACGGCACAGCAAAACACACAUGGACAUUUUGCUUUCUUGCCCUUUGAAGGGACACUCUGGGCUGGGAGUAAUAAAAAGACAAAUCCCAACACACGCACAGGAGCCCUUUGGCGAUUCUUGAGCUCGGAUUAUUGUUUUGUUUGCUUAGCAAAUUUUUAAAAACUACAAUGAAAUUAGAUUUGCACCCCAGAUCAUCAGUGAAAACACUUGGGAUAUCCUGUGUUGUCCAAAGCUAAUGCCUCUCAGUGGUAGGCCUGUUAGUGAGACUACGACCUCACUCCUGUGAUCACAGGUUUUCUGUUGCUUUUGAUCUGAUUUUAAAGACACUUUGGAUUCUUUUAUACGACCACCAACUAAAGCUGAUUAGCAAAAACACAGAUAGCAGUUCCAGGGAUUUGAGUGCUGGAGGUCCAUGCAUGUGUUUUUAUGUACCACCCACAUGUCCAGGUGCCGCCACUGCGCCGGCUGGCCUGUCCACCACUGACAAGCCCCAACGACAUGUAGGGCCCCCCUGCUCUGCCCCCCAUCCAGGGCUAAAAUUACCCUGAGGAAUGUAAACAGACUGCCGAGUAAGCACACGGCUUUCUGUGGCCUUUUUGCCUGAGUCCAUCUCUAAAACUCACCCCCCUAAAAAGACGGACAGUUCCAAUUUUGACUCGGAGGCCAAGGUUGCUGGUGAGAACACCUUAACCUGGCUUGAGUGGUUUUCCGUUCAUGUAACAGAGCGAAUCAAAUGGUUCUGUGUCUAGCUAUGGUAUUCAGAUUAGCUGGUUGAAAAUGUUUUAAUGCAACAGCUGAAAAAAGAAUUGUCCCUCCUUCAACCCUGUAUCUCCUUUCCCCUUUUCAUUGUAGCAGACAGAUGGGCAUUCACACCAAUUCAUUAGGUGUGUGGGGUAGCUGUAAGCGGUGGAGUCUGGGUGAAGAAGUUCACUGUGCCGGGCGCUGACAUGUUGAUUUAGUGGUGGUAACACGACUGCACUUCCAAAGGUGCUGACUUGGACGAAAGCCAGGCCUCUUUUUCUCCCAGGGAGACAUUAGAGGCCACACUCUAAUUUUGGGGCAGAGUUCUACUUGUGGAUGCAGAGGCCAGGAGAGCAGAGACAACAAACAUUCACACCUGCCUUUCCAUGGCUUACUUUGGAUUCAGCCCCCAUAGAAGUAGGAUUGAAGAUUUGUUCUUCAACCUGAUGGAGAAAUCAAGGACAACAAAUCUCUGGCUUUUAUACCAGUGAAUAUAGAGGUUUUGUUGCAAAAUUGGUGGGAUAAAAGAUGUAAAGAAUUCACCAAUUGAUACCAGUCUUGUUAUUUUCCUCUAGAAGCUACUUUUUUGUUUUUUUCUGUUCUCUUUUUUAAGUUAGCCCUUCCAAAACUCACACACUUUUAAUUUUGUUUGUAUAUCUACUAAUUAUCAAGCAUGUUGUGUAUUUUGUGAGUGUAAUACCUUGUUCACAUAUUUGUUUCAGCAGCGUAAACAAGAUGAUGAAGACGCAUAUUCAAGUUGCAGGCUCACGUACCAUGACCUCACAUAUAAACAUGAUAUCAUCCGUGCAUAUAUACACACACAUAUAACACCGUUCCUCUGCUGGACACACCAGGUUUGCAGGCGCCCGGUCAGGCUGACGCUGCCCUCACAGGGGCAGAUAGGGUUACAGUACAAACUGUUGUUGAUUAGGGCCUCGCCUGUAGCGGGGGGGAUCAUCCUAAAUUGAAAACACAUUAGCCGCCAGGGUUAAGGGCAGUACGAGGACCAGGGCGACGUGAGACAAGGAGUAGCGGCAGACACAAAAUGGCUGUCCCUCUGCCUCCCUUUGACUCUGUUUCCCCAGAGACGAGUGGCAAUUAUCGGCUAGGGCUGCUGGGAGUUCACAAUAACAGGUUAAAGGAGCAUGUAUCCCCCUGACGCUGUGGUCCUCUCGAUCUGCACAGACUCCCAGACCCCAGCCUGCUCGCCUGCCACUGCAGGGAGCUUCCUGUCUCCAAGCAGAUCUCAUAGACAUGGGGACUCAUCAAAGGCCAGAGGGACUCUCUGGACACGUCUGUAAAUUAGCACUUGGGUCAGUGUCUGGCCUCAGAGACUAAUAAGCUUCAUCUGAGAACAGAAAAGCCCUCAAAGACAUUUUACUUCACUUAUUUUUUAUCCCAACGUCAGGUUGUAUAAAGGUCAUUUCAAACCUGGACGGUGUGAGUAUUUAAAGCGUAUUUACACACAGGUGGAGUCUCCCAUACGGUUAUUGCCUACUCAUGCUUUCAGUGCAGUACUUUCACAGGACUAGGAGAUACCAUUUGCAGCCAUUGCCAUAAUAGAAUUUAAUAAUAUCCGCAUCAAGUGUUAAUGAAUACCCACUCAGUGUGUCAUAACUGAAGAGAUCAGGCCAUUUUCAUGAUGUAGAGGGUCAUUAUGGAGGAUGGGGAGUCGAUAUGUGAGAGGAGAUCAGGUGAGCUCUGACCGUCUGAAUUUUAACCCCUGCACGGCCAGAGAACAGCCCAGACAAAGCCUUCUUAGAAACACGCUCAACCACAUUCAAGAGUCUUUCUUCCUGCGAGGAAAGGAUGGCGUGUAGAAAGUUCUCAUCUGAAAGUUGAGCUGUUCCAUAACGCCAGCCCGACUUUAAUAUGAAUUAUCAUCGCAGAGUUGUUCUUGAUUUGCCUUCUUGUCACAUGCAGUAUCCUCAACCCUGUUGGUACAAACUCUUUAACAUAAAGCAGACAAAGCCAGACAACACCUUGUUUGGUUUCACUCUACAUCCAAAACAGACCAGUCCGUGUCACAGCAUGUUGAACCAUGACGCCACAGAUCUAAGAGGGGGCUAACACACAAAACGUACACUUUUCCCUCAGAUACAUGGUGCUAAUCUGGUGUGUGACAUGCUCAGUUAAGGGACUUAACAUGUUCAAAACACUGAUUGUAACUCCUUUUUCUGGCUGGAGGAUGUUUGGGAAGCAUGAUAUUGAACAAAAAGAUCCUAACCAGAACCAAAUGGCAGUGUGAGGCGCUGGUUUCUGUAACUUCUGCAUUGAGCCAUCAAAGAGUGAGGCUCCCUGUUCUUAUUCGUUCAUGUGCCCAUUCCUUCAAUCAGGUGUUGGCCAAGUUAUCUGUUAGUUGAUGGGUAUGGAGUUUCUCAGACUGUGUGUAAGGUGAUAAGUCUGGGUUAAUGUGAGAAGUGGGCAGAGGUUGUGAGGAGGAAUGAGAUCAGAUAGAGUUCAUUUGUGAAAGGGGAAUAAAACUGACCAUGUUCAAUUUUAACAUAAAUUACAAUUUUUUUAAAAAUGUUCUAAAUUUUUAUUUUUUAUUUUUUUGUUUUUUUUCCCAAAAGUUAACAAUCACCUCAGGUUAUUAUUUUGACUUAGUUCUGUGUAUACUCUAUAUGUAUAGAGACACCUAUCCCUCAGCAGCAGUUUCAGACUUAAACAGAAAUACUUAAACAGAAAUACUUGAUGUUUAUACUGAUGGAUGAAUGUUGUAUUUCAGUCAUGACAAGCUAAAAACUCCUAACAAAAGCUUUAAAAUAAUCUUACAUAUAAAAUACAAAAAAAAGAUACAAAAUAUACAGAGCAAAUCAAUGAUUCAUUUGAAUUAACAGCCAUUUUUUCCAGGUUGAUAUUUUUUACAAAUUACCAUGUUUAAUAUACCUUUGCCAUACGUCUACUGUAGGCCUGUAUGAUAAAAGAUAAAUAAGCUACAUUAGUCAAUAUAGCAGAAACAGUAUGCAGUGUGAUAAACAAAUAUGAAAGUGUAUUUUAUCCCUCUGAUUUUUGUCCAUAAGUAAUGAAAAAAGCAUUUUUGUAACUCUGAAUUAGCAUCAAGUAAUCACAUGUGUGGCUGAUGGCUGACUUGAGCUCCAUUGAGCUCCAUUGAAACUGUGAAAGCACGACUCUACUAAGGCCUUCUUUCAAUUACUAACAUCUAUAUACACUGAGUGAUAGCGUUGAUUGUCAUUGUAAAAUAAUUAUCCUUUCUUGUCGAGUAAAAUUAAUUUGCAGUGUGUUAAUUGUAAACACUCAUUGUGAGAAUAAUGAAAUUGUGAUUGAUCUAUAUGCUAAUAUUUCAGGUGCUAUGUUUGUGUUUGUUUUAUAGUGUUCUUUAGCUCUUCUGAGCAUUGGCUCUUUUUUCUCUGGCGGGUCGGAGAGCUGAGGGCUUGUCCUGCCAUGGAGGUUACCAUAGUUGCUAUGGUUACCAGAUAAAGCAGUGGGAUCCUUUAGUCUCCGUUCUGGUAUCUGUUAUCUCAUAUCAGUGAGCGCAAAUUAGCUUCUAGUGCAACAAGCGGCCCACAACACACUGACUCGACCUGACCUCCCACACCCUUCAUACUCACACAUUACACCUCCACACCUCUAUGUUAAACCGUACACUACACAACACGAGCAUACAAACACACAAAACAAUCUCUGUGCCUCCAACAGAUACAAAGACAAACUGCAUCCCUGCCACGCUCUCUUUCCAUUCCUCAGUGACAGAAAACAUAAAAACGUCCGGGAGAAUUACACCAGCCGGAAGACGUUGUUUGAUUUUUAUCGCCCUCUAUUCCACCUUAAUUAUGAUGCUGCACCUACCUUGUAUUUGUGUUUUACAUACCUGAGCAGUAUCAAACUUUAUCGUACCAGGCAAGUAAAAGGUGGGGAGGGAAAAGAAGCUCUUCUAUUUUUAGCUCAAGUCGUGCUCAUAACUUGUGACUGUUAAACUCUUUGUGUAUGAACAGAAAGAUUAGCUACCAUUAAGAUAAACUAUUUGUGUGUCACUUGGCUCGCGACACUACUUUUGGAUGUUUGAUAAAAGCUGCACCAUUUUAACAAAUCCCAUGAGAUUGUGCUUCUAAUUCAUCUUUUUAGUCUUUAAUCCAGCCCUUGUUAGCUAUAAUCCCUUAUGAUAUAGUCUGUGCUCAAUGUCUUCUUUUAUCAUUUAUUUAUUAUUUUUGUCAUGUUGGAAAGUCUUUGUUGUUCUUUGUUGGGUCUGUUGACCAAUCAGAGGUUGGGUCUUAAACAUUCAAUCUCCUUGGAGCUCUGUUUCUGGUGUGUGUGACAGCUGUAAUCCCCCCCAAAAAGCUUCUUGCAGUUACAUUUUAAUCCUUUAGUUCUUUUUUUAAAGUUUCAUAUCGGCACAGCAGCCUAAAUAAAUCAUAGGUCAGUAUAAAUGUGGCAAUUGUACGUUGUGUAGUUGUGUGUGAAAUCUUUGGGAUUUUGAGCCUAAAGAGCAAAAGCAUUGUUGAGUCUUGGUUUAGUUGAAAAGACUUCAUAAUUGGAGACAAUAAGCAAAGCAGCCAGACAUCUUAAAUAGUCUUUGCUGCACCCAGUGGGUCCGUACUGUAGCAUGUAGACUAGAAGCAAUAAGACAAACAUUAGAACAAAACAGCGUGUGACGUAGCAGUACAGACGUAGCAGUAAUUCUGCAGUACAGCAAACACAACUUUCUUACUACAGAACGCUCUGAGUGUUGUUUUAUUAAAAACACAUCGUCCAGUUCAUUUAAAACAGCUGCAGUAAUGGAUUUUACAGACCUGCAGCGACAGCACUGCCAGUCUGUAAAACGUCUGUAAAGAAAUUUGUUAAAAACAACAGCAGCUCCAGACCCACCUGUUAGCAAAAAAUGCAUAUGAGCUGACUGAUAGGUCUAGCUUUUUUUAUAAAAACCUUUUGCACUUUUAUUUUGGUUUCUAAGAGCACUCGCCACAGUUGCUGCUGUUUUUGCAAAAAGAAUACUUCUACUGUCUAACAUGGAGACUUUUAUUCCACUUUACCCCUCACCCCGAUCACUCUGGAUACUUUCUGUCAAAAAAGAAGUUGAGCAGGUUCCAUACCUGCGUUUCAGGGAGCAGAGAGAAGACUGACUGAAGCUAAUGUUGGCAGAGCUUUAGUGUUCCUACCUUGUGACCUGAUGUAUGGAUGCUGGAAACAAAGGGGUCUUUGUAGGGGGACCUCAGAGACACAGAGUUCACCCUCAGGUAGAGGCUUAUGCUGUCUAAAUCAUUGCUGGGGCGUUUGUUUAAAGCGCGCCAGCAUCAGUAUGUAAAAUGAAGUGACGGUGUUUUAAACUGGAGCGUAAAUUUGUCCUGAUUUUAUUGAUAAUUCAUCAAGCAGUGUAAUGUGUUUUGGCAGAAGUGCUCGGCCCCCAGUUUUCCUAAAGCUUUUUUCUCACCAAAUGUGGCAGAUUAAAUUAGCCAUGAUGUGUGUGUUGGCUGCAAAGGUAAAAUGCUGACUUCUUUUGUCUAUGUGUGGUGGGAGGAGGGGGACUGUCUGACCUUCAGCAACCUCAGACUUCUCAACAAAUGAGAAAGACAUAAAUAAAAAAGCAGGAAGCAAACUUGCGCAUUCAUCGAGGGCUGCACUUAUUGGAUUUUUAUUAGCUUUCGCAGCCUCGUACGUCACUUUUGGUGUAUAAACUGUAAAUGUAGGAUGCAAAUGCUUCACUCAGCUGCAUGACUCUAAGUGUGUGUGCAUAUGUGUGUGCAGGCAGACACGAAUAACACACCCUUUUCUCUAUUCGAGGUUUUUUUUUUUGUUGUUGUUGAGUGUUCCUGAGUGCCUUGCUCUCAUUAAGCUGCUGUUGCGAGCUGCUUGGCACCUGCUUUAAAACGAGACCACCAACUGCUCAUUAACGCUAACCAAAGCGUGGCUGGCAGCCGCAAUCCACGCCCAGGCUCGUCAAGUGGCCUCCGCGCUGAAAUUAGCUACAUUUCACAAACAAUUUCCCCGACUCGUUACGUUGUUAGGUGUUUAUUGGAAGAUGGCUGACUCCGACUCGGCGAGGUGAUGUGUGUAAUAGGCACACACGCUAGGUUAAGAUGCACCAGCCCACAUAAUAAACCAUAAUUUUCCCUUACAAAUGUGAACUUCCAUUCACUUCCUCGGGUUUUUAAACACACAAACUUCAGAGGGACUGUAUAGUGGGAUAUAAGGGGUCACAUACUGUAUAUUUUAGCUUGAAGCUUUUUCUUUAGAGUCUCAUACUGUAGCCAUCAGGCUCAGUCUUGGCCCCCUGACCGCUCAGUCCCCCUUCAGUGUUAUUGUUCCAAGUCUCAGAUUUUUACCUCAAGGUCCCUGUACUAUUGACUUGUAUUAAUUCUGAGUAGGAUUCCAAGUCCAUUUAUUUUCUUUACGGUAUGGAAAGGCCUUGGUGACAUGGCUCCCCUGUGUUUAUAAUUUUGCUUGUUUCAAUUUGUGCUCGGCCUCCCCUGACAGACCCGAGACAUGAUGUAUUGUGCGCCGCCGCCUUAUCUGUUGAUGUACAGUUUUAACCUUUUUCAGAAGGUUGCCUCUCUCCUCUCUGCACAGACUAGUCUCCUGUUUUUCCUUCUCUUUUCAGCCCCGUCCACUGCAGGGAAAUACAUACAGCUCUGCGGCUGAAUAAAAGAAGAGCGUAACCCCUUUUCCAAAGUCGUCUAAUGUAAAUGUUUAGGUUUUGUUUCCAUAACAUUUCCAUAUUAAGAGUUGGCGGCUGUGUGCAGCGCUGGACCGUGGAAAGGAUGAGACUUUGUGGGCUUGAGCGGCGGAGAAGACUGAGCUUCGUGUGUGACUUUGUGGUGAACUUUCGGUGUGCAUCUGCGCGCUCUCUCCAGGGCUGUUAGCUUUGGCCUGUUUGCUCACAGAUACAGCACCGUAAAUCACACACUGUAAAACGCAGAAUGCGCGGAUGAGGUGCAGAAGCUUGUACUGCUGCGAGGGCCUCUCGAGGGGAGUGAGUGCGUGUAGAGUCACACAUUAUUCUGUGCAUGUGUCUGUCUCCAUACAGGUUCUCUAUGUAGAACAUGCACCGCCUCAAGGCCUAGUCAACACAGCACAGUAGACACAUAUAGCCGGCUAUGUCACGACAACUGAUUCUUGCUCCUUGUAAUUUAUGAGGUUAAAAUACCUUGUCAAACUUGUAAGGUCAUCAAUCUAGGUAUAAGGUCAUAAAUUACGCUCAUAAAAAAGACUAAAGAUUCCCAUAAUUAUAAUUAAAAUAACACCUUAGUCUGUUUGAGUCGGUAUUUUAAUACGAAUUGACUGAUCACAGGUUCAAAGUUAUAUGGACUUUACCUUGGCGCUGAACUUCUGUAGCCUUCCGUGGCCCUUUCUGUUAGCUUCCUGCCUGUGGUCCCUAGAGGCCCCCACAACAUUGUUAACUGUCUGAGGAUAUAGAGUGUCUGGGACCUGAGCACCUUCAAACCCCUCUGAUUCUGGUCUUGCAUGUGGGGGCUUUGGUGCUUUUCAUUCAGAGUUCAACUGUGACAAGUCUUUAUGCAUGGCAGCUAAUGUUCAAAGAAUAGGUAUGAUCUAUAUGAGGCAGAGAGGGGCCACCGGUGGCUCUUUGGGGCAUAAUAAAUAGCUGGAAAGAUGAUUUAUUGCCUUUGUGAGGAGUAGAAGUAAAGAAAAAAAAGAGCCUUGCAUAUCCCCUGUGAAGAAGUCCUUUUUUAAUUGUUUCUGCACCUUUCAGCAGACCUUGAGGUGUACAGUAGCUACAGUGUCUAUAAAACACAAUAGCAGAGAAAUGAGCAGAGGGAGAGAGAACAAAAAGACCGACCCAAGAAAAAUCUCUUUUUAAAAAUAGCAUAAACUGAAUAACAGACAUUCUUGGCACUCAAUUAUUUAUAGAUUUUAGGAGCUGAAGUGUCUGCCAACUGAGUCAAAGUUUCUUUGGCUUUCAAAGCAAAAGAAACAGCUGGACUCUGCAGGAUUGGCUAACAUUAUCCACCAGAUGCGGCGUGUUUAGCCUUAGACUUUGUGUUGAACUCUACAUGUGAUGUGCCAAAGGCGACCAAUGACAGGAUGCCAGUGCCUUGGUUUAGUUUAGGGCUUUGUUAUUUCACAGGUUAUUGUUGUUUAGCUGCCAUUGUAAUGUGAUCGAGUGUGUAUCACCCUGUCAGGCAGAUCUUAAUCUUCUUGGCGGCUUUUUUUGUUUGAUUCUUCACAUGUUUCUUGGAUGGUGAUCAAAGGAAAAUACCUCAGCGACCUUAUCUCUCAUAGAUCAAUCACAAUACUGUCCUAUAUUUCUGGCUCUUCUCUUACUUAUUCCUGCUUCUCAGUAUGCUUUUUAAAUCCAAAGACAACAGCUGUAGGCUUUUUGCAGAUAUGAAUUUCAAAAGCAACAACAUAGCUCAUUCAUAGCUACUUAAUGUGACAGCAAUAAUGGUCUAACAAAAGCUGGACUUUGUUUUCCUUUCAGGUUUGGACCUGGCCUGGUGAUCUACUGGUAUGGUUUUAUAGAGGAGCUGGACUGCCAGAGAGACAGAGGUAUUCUACUUAAAGACUGCUUCCCUACAGACAUUGUCACCCUGUGCCACGCCGCCCCGCAGGACCCAUUGCCACAGGAGCCAGAGUAAAGACAAAAGAGUGCGAAAAGACAAAAAAAAAAGCUAAGCAUGGAAGCAUGGCAGGAAAGAGAGAGGAAGGCAAGGAGGCGGGGAAGGGUAAGAACAAGGGUGGAUACCGAGAUCCGGAAGCAAUUUGGCUUUCCUGCAGAGUGAGACUCCUGGCAAAAAUCUGCCCUGAACUCCACCUGACCUUGUGUCUCUGUCUGUUCUUCCUCCCUCUCUUUCUUUUCACUGCCUCAAAGCUACCACAUGUAAAUACACACCAGAAUUCUGUAAAUCUGACAGCACAGGGUCAGAUUCAUACCUGCGUGCAAAAAAAAAAAAAAAACUCCUGCAGGCUUCCUUGCUUGUGGUCAGCUCCUGGCCCCUGUAUGGCCCCUUGCAGCGGACAGCCAGGGUGAGAGCCGGGGCCAAAGCAGGACAUUUGGGCCUUCCUUAUCACCGCCGAAGCCCUGGCCUUUGUCACCCCUUCCUCCUCUGCUCCGUCGGCAGAUAAGAGAGGUGCGGUCCGCGGGCUGAGUGGACGGCUGACUCUCACCUGCGUCACUCAGUGCCCUCUCAUUUGCUCCGCAGGGGGGAAACAGAAUCGUUCCUGAUUAGAGCUGCUCUCUGUCUGACCUUUUUCACAGUUAUAAACUGAGGGUGUAACUGAAUUUACUUACAAAAACAACACUUUUCGUCUGCUUCUUUCGGAUAGUUAUCUCAAUGAAAUUAAAUGUCAGUAACUAUGAAUAAAUCAAGUUUGGGUUUAGCUUUUCCUACAGCACAACUAUGAUUAUAAUCAAACUACUCAACAGGUGGUUCGACUUUCUUUCCACAGCUUGUUUGCAUGUUUUAAAAUACAGGUCAUGUUAAUAAUACUCAUAUUUUAAGCUUUAUGAUACACUUUUUUGUUGCAGUUGGUUUUGUGAAUAUAAUUUUGUGUAUGCAUUUCACUUACUGGUUGAUAACUUUG